UGUGUUCAUCGUUUGGCGCUACGCGAACCGAGGCAAACCUGUUGCUGCUGAUAUUGCGCUGUUGAACAAAUCAUGUUUUCAGCCCAGUAUGAUGUCAUUGUCGCUAUAGAUAUUGAUUUACCCACUUUGCAAGCAGCAGCCGCAGAAAAAUUGUGAUAAAAAGUGAAGUAACGUGUAAACAAUUGAGGUGUUUUGGAGUUUCAUUCAAAAGCGACGGAAACGCGAAUCGUAUUCUCAAUGUCACACACGUGAGUGAAGUCUCGGAAAAAUGUCCAGAAACAUACAAUCCGACGAAGGAAAGGAAACGAAGGGCGCUGGUGAUGAAUGCGAUGUUGAAAACAAAAGCCAAACCUUCGCAUCGGUAUUCACUGUUUUGACGCCAGAGUGCACAACGCAGGCCGGCAAUGUUGAGCAAUCAGAAGACGGCGCUGAAUGGUAUUUGAAAUACCAAACACGAGUUGCAAGAUGUGGAGAUAUGAGUCGCACUUUUGGUAGUUCUGAGUACGAUAUCCAUAUACUCGAAAAAAGAGAUGAACAACAACGGGUACAGAAGAAAACAUUCGUAAACUGGAUUAAUUCCUUUCUGUGUCAGCACGACCCACCGUUAAACAUAACCGACCUCAUACAUGACUUGAAGGAUGGAACAAAAUUAUUGGCCUUACUGGAAGUACUUUCUGGAGAACGUUUGCCUAAGGAGAGGGGAAAAGUCCUUCGAAGACCGCACUACUUGAGUAACGUAAACACAGCUUUGCAGUUCUUGACGAACAAAAAAAUCAAGCUUGUCAACAUUAAUCCAUCCGAUAUCGUCGACGGACGCCCAGCUGUGGUACUAGGAUUAAUAUGGACAAUAAUUUUGUACUUUCAAAUCGAGGAAAAUAGUCGUAUUUUACAUCACCUGAACAAGAAUCUCAGCGAGUCGGUAAGCAGUUUGGCAGAUGGUGGAUCUGUUCCGCAUACUCCCAGCUCUAGUAAACCCGUUAAGCACGCAGUGCCUUUGAGUAGCUCACAACAAGCUAUGAUGAAACAAGGACCUAAGAAAACUUUGCUCAGCUGGGUGAACAACGUUUUGCCUAAGCAAUCGGGAUUGGAGGUUCGUGAUUUCGGCGCCAGUUGGCGUGAUGGAUUUGCCUUUCUUUCAUUAGUUGAUACCAUUAAAACCAAUUUAAUCAACAUGGCAGAAAUGAGACAAUGUAGUAACCGUCAUCGUUUGGAUACUGCUUUCAAUGUUGCGGAAACUGAGCUGGGGAUCGCCAGAUUACUGGAUGCCGAAGAUGUGGAUGUUAAUUGCCCCGACGAAAAAUGUGUCAUGACUUACGUGGCACAGUUUUUGCAUAAAUAUCCUGAUGUAAAGAAUAACAAUUCCAACAGCGAGAGCGAACAAGAGUUUGCAUAUUUACUCGACUGGCUGAGAGAAAAAGUACGACACUACGACGACCUUAACGGAAAUUACUCACUCUCAUAUGACAAAUACGAAAACGCUCUCCUAGAGAAGGCAGAAAAGUACAAGAAAUUUAAAACUAUCAAUACCUUCAAAAGUAUGCUGGAAAUUCAGGAGUUCAGCAACUACUGGAAACAAUUGGAGCAUCACAUGCAACUCUGGUUAUGGCAUUUGGACUGCAAUAUUCCCGCGCAGAUUGGAGUUAUAGGAUUAUGGUUAAGCAAUGGGGAAAAACUUUUGAGCGACGAUGACAUUCCGAGCAGCAUGAAUGAGGAGACUGCGUCUUUCAUAAGCAAAAAACUGGAGGCACAUAAACAAUUUUUUUUGUCGUACUCCGAAGUGCUAGCAACAUUCCAUGACUUGAAGCUACGAAACGAAUCUAAGAUAGUUCCUAUCAAUCAACUAAAAUUCCUCGAAAAAAGGUUACUAGAAAUCGAACCUAAAGCAAAACAAAGAAGGAAUAAAUUAAAGUUCCUAGAGCAUAAAUGUUGUCUCAUUGCAUUCCUGAACUUAUUGGAAAAUAAAAUAGAUGGAGUAAAAUACGACAAUGAAGAAGUCGUCAAACAGUCUUUGGAGCAGCUAAAAAACUUUGUCACGAAGAAUCAAAUCGUACAAGAGUUUGAAAAAGCUCUCAACGAUAUGCGGCAAGUGGUAGAGGAGUACAAAAUUGAUGGAAAUCUAUCGAAAAAGGAAGGGUACAGUGUUGAUAUUUUCCUCGCCGACAUUGAAAGUCGGUGGAAAAACGUAUCAUCCCGGCUGAUAUGCACCGAAACGAUGCUAGAAAACGUGCUUGUGCAUUGGCAAAAAUGGAAAAUGUUGACCAGUGAUCUGGAAAGUUGGAUGAAGGAAGCGCAAAAUGCGUUACACACAACACAAGACGAACAAAAAUAUUUCUUCCAAAAUAUGAGCAAAUUUAAAGCAAAACAAGACUCGUUAACAGAUACGUACAAUAUUCUAAAGUCAACAUGUGACUAUGACACCGCAAUCGUAAUUGAACAUAGAUACAGACAAAUUAUGCAGCAGUGGGAGCAAGUUUUCCAAAAAUCGAAACAGUACAUGCAUGUUAGUGAUGUACUUCAACAAAAGCAAAAAUUUAAAGCCGGCGCAACUCGAUUAAGUGACUGGAUUGUACAAGCAAACGAAACCCUAUCGAGAACUAACCUAAACAAUUCAGAAGAAAUUAUAAAAUGUGAACAUGACAUCAAGCAAAUUGCAACCGAAACUGAGUCCAUGGAAGAGCUUUUUAAAUCCAUCAGUAGAAGUUUUCAGACACUGAUAAAAGAAUACUCCCGGGAUGAAAUUGACAGAACUAUGAUUCAAAUGAAAAAGGAUAAAGAAUCUCUAGCAUACGUUAGGACGCAAGUUCCAGUUAAACUGAAUCUAUUCCAGCAAAUUUUGACACAGCAAGAAGCGCUUCAAUGUGGCCAAAAAGAAAUUUCCAACUGGUUGGAUGAGGCAGAGAGUCUGUUAACAUCGUAUGAAUUUACUAACGAUCCUGAGCAAACGAGUAAAAAUAUUACUAAACACAGCACCUUCUUUAGCCGUACUCUCUACUACAAAUCUAUGCUGGAAAGUAAGAAUAACGUGUUCCAGAACCUUUUAAAGCUAUCAAACACGUUUGAGGGGGUUGAUUUCAGUGAUACAUCUGCAAUAAUGAAGCAGCUUAACGAACGAUUCAGCUGCGUAAUAAACAAAGCGAAUGAGUGGGAGAACAAACUAAAAGAAAAUAAGAAAAUAUGGGAAAAUUUCAACACUGCAUUGAGUAAGGUUGAAAGUUUUCUAAGACAAUCAGAAAAUUGGCAAAAUGCUUCUCCUAUCGGAAUAGAGAAAACAAGUGAUAUAGAGCAACAGCUGGAUUUCUUCACCAAUGUAGACCAAUCGAUGAUUGGUAAGCUUGAAACGCACACCGAAGAACUUCUGAGGUUUUUACCACCCACAGAGCAAAUGAUACUAAUCACAAAAGUGGAACUAAUUCAAAAGCAAUGGAAUGAUGUGAUAUCUAAGAUACCGUGCCAUAUAUUGAAGCUAGAGUUCAAAACAAAUGAGAUCACGUUCAACAAUUGUAUUAAAGAAAUCGAGAAAGAACUAAACGACGAAGAACUAGCUUUCAAUAACAAUAGAAACUAUGAAACCAUUCUUCAGCGCAACGCGCAACUUUUCCAGACAAAUUAUCUGCAACAGUUGGAGAAACUUCUGGCAACACUGGAAGCUACAAAUUGUGUAUACACGGAACAAUUCCCAGAUGAUACGGUUCUACUUCACCCGUAUCAGCGAGCCAACGAUAAAUGGAAUGCAGUGUGCAAACGAGUCGGAAGUGUUAGAAGUAUGCUUCAGAAAAUUCCUGCCUUAUGGGAAACUUAUCGUGCGAAGUUCGUCGAAACGACUAACUGGAUGGAUUCCAUAGAGGAAGCAUUGCAAAGAAUUGUUGUCGAAAAGGAGUCUGAACAGCAAUUUGAAGUGGAAAAAGCGGCAUUCCAGCAAGCCUGCUUUGAAGCUGAAGCUAAGAAAGAAGAUAUGAAAUGGCUGGUUAAAACCUUAGACUAUCUGCUGAAUCACACUAACGCAGAGCAAGUUAGUUUAGAACAGUCAAAACUUGAAUCGUUGAUAGCACACUAUAAAACUCUUAUACCAAGCAUAGAAUCAAAGAUGAGCAAAGUUGAAACAUUAUCCAAGUGCUACAGGUAUCGGAGCGAAACCACGGAAGUGUGCAACCAAUUAAACGCAAUAAGGGAGCAAAAUCAUCGUCUGGACAAUUUCCGCAAAGUUGACGAAUUUGUUGAAAAGCUACAAUAUUCCGUUGAAAAGUUGGACGCACAAGAGGCUUAUAUACGGAACGCAAUAGACCGCGGAAGAGAUUUAGCGAGAAGUGCAAACGCUCCUAGCUUCAUUACUCGGGAGGUUGACAAAUUGGAGCUUUGUUGGAAUGAGACGUACCGAGUAGCAACUGAUCAAAUAGCAAUAUUAAUUGAAGGUAAAAAAUUAUGGAAUGCUUGUAACGAAAAGAAAGAGCAGAUCGUUGAUUUGUUGAAAAAUGUACAGACAGAGAGUGGAAAUAUGACUGGGGGGUUGGAGGAGAAAAAGCAAUUGAUGUUGAAUUUUCGCGAAGCCUUAUCUUAUUCGUCAUUGAUCGAUUUGUAUCGCCAAUUGGGACCACAUAUUCCGGACAGUUCGCAGCAGGAUAUCGCGAAAGAUACAAGUGAUCUAGAAAAAAGAGUCGCAAGUGCAGCCGAUUUUGUUGAGAAAAGGAUAGAAUUUUUGGAAGACUAUAUCAACAGAUGGAGGGACUGUCACGAGCGGUUGGAAAGUCUCAAAGGUUGGUCCAAUUAUGUGUAUCCAAAAAUGGUGGCAGCAAUCAAUCAACCUCACAUAUCGCCAGAGGAUCGUGUCAGCAAAAUAACGCAGCUAAAAAAUAUGAUAGCGGAAAACAUGGAAAUACUAGCUACACUAGAUGCUAGUGCUUCCGAAUUGAUCACCAAAGAGGGUGGUAAUUUUGACGAGAUACGGGAAUUGAAAGACGAAGUUUUACGACUGUUCGAAACUUUCCGGGAUCUGAAGGAUGCUGUCAGCGUGGAAAAGGCGCUUGUAGAUGAAGAUUUGGAGCAUUGCAAUAAUAUUAAUCAUGCUUUGGAGAACAUUAAAGCGUGGAUUGAAAAGAUGCCUAAUGUAGGAAGUAAUAAAAUUAAAUCCAUCAUAGAAGCAGAACAGUUGAAAAUGACUGUCGACACUCUUAACGAGGAAUGUAAAUGUAAAAUAAGUGAACUGCAAAAUUUAGCUAGUGAAUGCGAGACAAUUCGCUUCGAAGCUGGACCAACUCAAGAGAUUGAUGGAUGUUUUGCUAAACUCAGCGAACUUCACGAAAACUUCCGUCGCGUGAGUGCUGAGCUAGAUGAACUAACAGCAAAUUGGUCCAUGCUUCAGGUUGAAUUGGAGAAACAAGAAACCAAUGUAAUCUCAUUACAAAAGAAGCUUGAAAGUAUCUCAACGGAGUCAUUAAAUGAGCUCCCAAUCGACAAACUGGAAGAGAAAAUUAAAAUGUUGAAGUUACAUAACAAUGAGGUUUCAGAACAACAAGCUCAGCUGAUGAAACUCGUACAUCUUUUCGAUCAAAUAAAUAGUCGAGUGUCACAGGAAAGUGUUGAUGCUCUAGGAGAAAGUUUGAGUAAAACGAAAGCUGAUUUGGCUAAAAUCAACGACGGUUUGCGUGAUUCGAUUAACAGUUGUUAUGAAAAAAUUGUUGUUCAGCAAAAUUUCAACGCUCUUAUGACCGAUUUUAGUGCCUGGAUGGAUCAAAUGAGGGUUGGUUUAGCAGAACUGGAAGAAACGGCUAUCGAUAAAAUAGAUCUAGCCCGGCAAACCGUGCAGUACUUGCUGCAACAACAUGCCGGUAAACGGGAAACGUUUGAUCAAAUUUACUCCCUUGUGAAGCAGCACAGUUUAUCUAGCUCAGCAAGUGAUAAUUCGGUGUUAGAGGAAACAUACUCAUCUCUGGCGAGUAACUAUCAUAAUCUGGAAACUAGUUUGGAAAAGUUGAACUUUUUCUUACGAGGUUGGUCUGAGUUUUCACACUGGGCAAAUGAUACCAGGGUAGAACUGCAUGAUUUGGACGAUAUGCAACUGACGGACAGUGAUUUGUGCAGGGUUAAAGAAAAAUUGUCCGAUAUUGAAUUGAGUAUCGCGAAGUGGAGGAUGGAUGUUAUUGGUUUAGAGCAACAACCGUGCAUUAAAGUAUGUGAUCAACACAAAAAAUCAAUCGACGCAGUUGUUUUGAUAGUUGAUUUGGAGAGUAAGUUGUCCACCAUCCAAUCUCACGUUGAUGCCACAGAAAAAGAGGUUCAGGUUGCAAACAUUAGAGCACAGAGAUUGAAAGACUUGCAGCGAGAAAUGGUUGAUAAUCUGAACAAAACUUCCAACUGUUUGGACAAUAUUACCAAAAAAGUUCGAUUAAACAACAUUGAUGACUGUGUGGAAGAAUUGAAGGAAAUGAUGAAACAAUUCGAGCAAAAUAUUACUCCUGAAUCAACAAUCGACAAGUGUAUCACUGAGGUUCGAAAUAAAAUGGAUGAAAUGUUUAAUGAUUUCACAAAAAUAGUCGACCUCUACAAUGAGUUUAAUCGAUGCAAUUCAGAGUUUAAAACCCAGCUCGAAAAUCUAAUCAAAGUUAAUACCUCAACCGCUCUUACAAUCAAUGAUAAACAAAUGUUGGUUGAAAGUGUUGAAAAAUUUAAAAAUUCGUCAGUUACGAUGAAAAUUCUUGAAAAAGAUAGUGACACAAUAGCGAGCAAAGGAAAUGAAAUUGUUCGAAAGAUUCGCAAAUAUAACACCGAAGACUGCGAAGCCAUCGAAAAAAUUAUAGCACAAAACAAUGACGAGCUGAAAGUUAAUUCACAGAAUUUAGUUGAUGGCAGCAACUUGCUAGAUCAACAAUUAUUACUUUACAACGAAAUUGAACAGCUUUAUCACCGAAUCGCGACCAGUUUGAAUAAGAUUCAAACUCAGUUAAGCCGAUUUGCUAACGAAAACCCUACGGAAAUGGAGUCUGAGUUAACGAACCAUCUUUCGUUGAAAGAGAAUUUCGCUAGUCUUUUAACCCGCUUUAGGCAGUCUAAUAAUGAAGUGCUACCGAAGGAUAUUGAAGAAAUGGAGGAAAACCUGAACAAUUUGUUUGCUCAAAUUCGUGAGCUUUCUGAUAAAGUGUCUGAAUAUGCGACACAGGAACGUCAGAUAAAACAGCAGAUAAAAAUUAUAACAGAAAAGCUUUACAGUAUUCGGGAAGAAAUCAACAAACAAUAUGACGACAGUAGUAUGGAUAGUCUCAAACAGUUGCAGGGUCUAGAUAAUGUAGAAAAGAUUAGACAAAAACUCAACCUGUUGGGGGUUGAACUGACGGAGCUUAAAAAUAAUUUUAUAGCACUUGAAACAGUAUUCAGUACAACGAAAGAAAACACACUCAGCAAGGAGAUCAAAAACUUAGAAGAACGCUUUGGAUCGACGCUGAAUUGUUUGAAUCAAGUUGAGAGUAAACUUACUAAACUUGUCGAAAAUUCGUUCAAAGAAAAACUAACAUCGCUGGGCAGAAUUAUUGCCUCCCAAGGGGAAAAGAUAAAAUGGUAUCAUCCGGAGGCUGGUAGUGAUAAACAUAACUUGGAGCUUAAACAAUCUACUUUGGGAGAGGUUAAGGAAUUUAUAGCUGCUAACGAGAGUGUAAUUGAUGAAAGCUCGAAUUUACUUCAAUCGAUUGCGGUUCUGUUUAACCCGUCUAAAGUCACGCCUCUCAUUGAACUGAAAUGUGAAACCGAGCAGGAAUUUCAGCGCCUUAAAAUUUCAUGUAGUAAAGUGGAAAAUGAUUUGAAUGAAAACAUUAAAUUGUGGCAAGCGUAUGAAGAGACAUCGGGAGAGAUAAUACAAUGUUUCAAAAGUUUGGAACAAAAGCAUAAAUUGGAGACGAUACUAUUGAUUGACUUAACUGGUUUGAACGAAAAGAUUGCAGAAAUUAACAGCUCCUAUGAUUGUUUAAAGGAGUACGAACCAAAGUUGCAAUCAUUACAAAGCAUUGCCAACUCAAUAAACCAACUGAAUCCAUCGUCGAGUGUUCUAAUGUUGAUGCAGCAUUUGUUGGCAAGAUUUAACACGUUUGAGAAAUAUUUUUGCAAUCUGUUGGAUCGACUUCUAGAUGUUCAAUCGAGAAAAAACAAAUUUCUCGAAGAAACUGACAAAGCUCGUGACUGGAUUAAAUUGAUGGAUCAACAGCAAACUUUACCCGAAGAAUUAACUAACCGUCGUGCCUCAAUAAUGGGACAGGAAUCUUUCAUCAACGAAACUUGCGCAAUAGGAGAAAGGUUGUACGCUGAGGUCAGCCCCGAAUGUCGUGACAAAAUACGAACGGAUAUAUUAUCACUAAAAAGUGCUUUUAACUCGCUAAUUGACGAAUGCAAUCUGGCGAUCAAGUGUAGAGAAAGUGACGCCAUGAAUCAGAAGUCUUUUGAGGAAAGUUUCGAUCAAAUUUUCCAGUGGCUUUCAGAAAUACAAAAUAAGCUAUCAACUGGAUCUGUUCUUUACGCAACUUUGAAGGAGAAAAAAGCAGCGCUUUCAAGCUACAAUUCUAUGCUAAACGAUGCCAAAUGGCAUGAAACCAGUUUCGAGCAGUUGCAACUUAAGCUGGCCGCACUGCCGUCCGUCGAUUUUACCACAAAAACCGCCGAAGCUCGAGAGAAAUUUGCUCUUCUUUUCAAUGAUUUAUCGAGCGGUUUAACUCUGUUGGAUGAUUAUGUGAGUAAACAUACUCAGCUCGAUAAUUUACUGGAAAAAUAUAAAAACUGGUUGAUUAGACUGCAAUCUCAAAGCAGUGAAGCACUGAGCGACCACGAGCUGGAUAAAUUAAAAAUUGAGGAAAAUUUGCUGCAUCUUGAAAGCAUACUUUCCGAAGAUAAAACCGUGUUUAACGGUAUAAACGAUUGUCACAGCCAGUUAACUCUGGUUAUGGCUCAAACACACAAAAACGGACACUCGGAUCUGUUGGAAGCGUUCGAAGCUAAUAAACAAAAUUGGAUAGAAUUUUUUGUAAAAUGCGAAAAAAGUCACGAGAAACAAACGACGCUGCUGCGUUUGUUGGAAGACGCUACAAAAAGACUUGACGACAGUCUAGCUAAAAUGGCAACAAUUAGAGAGAAAAUUGAAGAGCAAUCUAAUAAAAUUACCUUCCUAGCUGAACCAGAAGAAUGUAUUACGGAUUUAGUUCGGAUUAACAACGAAAUUAACACCUAUGAAAUCGACAUGCGCAACUUGAUUGAAGAAUAUCAACCAAUUAAAUCAAACAAUGGUAUUGCGAGCAAAAUAACGCGAGUUCAAAAAGAACUCUGUUCUCUCUCAAGAUUUUGCUCGGAAGCCGUGGAAGCGGCGAAAGCAGCCUUUAACGAAUAUAAUGCUUUCAAUCAGAGUUAUGAUGAAAUCAUCAUCUCCCUAAACAAGGGUAUAGAAUCGCUUCAAGAACACAAGCAAUUAGUGGGUGAUUUAAAUAUACUACAAAGUCGUCAACAGCAAUUGAAUGAAAUCGCUUGUAAGAGGUUAGAUUACAGUAACGCUGUUGAAGACGUCGUUAUACGAGGAAAAAAACUGUGCACCCGAAUAUCGUCCGACAAGUUGGCAGAACUCCAAACAGUGUGGGAUCAUUUCACGGACGAAUUGGAGCUGGCAACCCAAAGUGUAGAUCUCUGUAUACUUCAGUUCGGUGAGUUUAGCGCUCAACAAGAACAGCUCUCGAGGUGGCUCAAAACCAUUGAACAUUCCAUGACGGCAAAUGCGGAACUGAAAUCCACCCUUCAAGAGAAGCGAACCCAGCAUCAAAAUCACAAACUGAUCCACCAAGAAGUGCUUUCUCAAACCGAGCUGUUGGAGUCCGUUUGUGGUAAAGCUCAGCAGCUGUUGGUUUUGAUACAGGAUCAGUACCUGCAAACCUAUUUGGAGUCGAUUAAAGACACGUUUAAAAGUAUCGUUGAAAAGUCUGAAGAGCUUUUGAAUCACUUGGAUGAGGGUGUGAACGCUCAUGCUAACUUUGAAGUAUUAAGCACUAAACUGAAGAAAUGGAUCGCGGAACAACAUGCUAAAGCUCUGCUUUGUGAACAAGCUGCUGGGGAAGGUGAGAGAAGAGAAAUUUCAAAACGAAUUGAAACGCUUGAAGGUUUGAAAUCAGCAAAAUCGAAAGGUGAAGAGAUGAUUGUUGAACUUUUAAAGUUACAUGAAAUCAAUAAAACUAGUACAGCUCCACAAGGAAUUGAAGUUCUGGAAGAUGACAUCGGAAGAAUGAAAGCUGAACUUGAUCACUUAUACAUAGACAUCGAUAAACAGAUCGAACAUCAAAACAACUUACUCUCACACUGGUCAAAGUUCGAGCAAGAUCUCGAUCUGCUCGCAAAAUGGUGCCGAGCGAAGGAAGCCAUCUUUCGCGAGCAGCAGUUGUUCGAUUCGCUCGAGGCGAAGCGAAAUUAUGCACAGAUGUGUAAAAAUAACCUAGAGCUGGUCGCUGAAAAAGAAGAGAGUGUAGAUGAUUUUGCUAUGAGCGCUCAAAAAUUGUUCAGUCAGACAGGAGCCGAAAAAGUUAAACUUUCAAUCAAGCAAUUGAGUAAUCGAUAUCAGCUGUUGCAAGCUUUGGGCAAGGAAGUUACUGUGAGGAAUGAAAAAAUUGUUGCAGAUCAUGCAGCUUUGGAAGAACAGAUGGCGGCUUGCAACACUGCCAUUGAUGCUAUGAAUACGAAUUUAGAAGCGAUUUCAGUGGAAAAUCUACCGUCAGAAACUGAUCAGUUGUGGCAAAAAUUCGAUUUCGAGAAAGAUAAAAUUGAAAACAGCUUAAAAAGUCUAAUAGCAACGAAUGAAAAAGUUCUAACAGAGACUAACGCUCAAGGACGCGAGAAAUUACGACACGAUGUUGAACAAGUUAAAGAACGUUGGAGUCGUGUACUGGCAGAGUUGACGAAUUGGAAGAAACAGUGUGAUGUAAGAGCGCUUCAAUGGUCGUCAUAUCAGGAAAUACUUCAACAACUGCUAGCUUGGUUAACAACAACUGAAAAUAAAAUCGACUUAACCGAAUUACAAAGCUGCUGGGCAUCGACACAGGAAAUACGAUCAAAAUUGUUCAAGUAUAAAGCUUUACUGCAGGAAGUUAUGAACCAAAAACGUUCGAUUGAUUCACUCACCGAAAAAGCAGCUCAAGUUAGAGAUGAUCCUUCGACGAUCGAAUCAGUUAACGAACAAUUUGAAACAUUGAAAAACUUCACCACUGAGACGAUCGGCAGGCUAGAGCACGCGUUAGCUAUUUGUGCCAAGUUUAAUGAACUAAACAAAUUACUUUCCGAUGAGCUUGAAACUUUAAUGACAGAUUUGAAACAAGCGUCGGAUGUUUCAGGUAGCAAAAAGUUAGUCAAAAAUAACAUUCAGAGAGUUCUGGAAUUGCGAAAUUCAGCUCCAAAAAGAAGCGAAAGUUUGAACAGUUUGGAACAAAUCAUUAACGAAAGUAAAAACUCUAUAUCCGGUGGAAUAAUCGAUAAUAUGGAACGGGAUUUACUAAAACUUCGAACCGAAUUGGAUAAAUUCAAUACUUCUUCAGGUGAUGCCCUAAAAAAAUUAGACAACCGACUCACUCUGUGGGAUGAGUACCAACAGCAGCUGGAUCAGAUUAACAACGCUUUGGUUGAUGUGGAAAAAUCUACGCUAAACUAUUCUUUGAAAAACAGUUUAGUCGAAAAACAGCAACAACACGAAUUGUACCAAGAGCUGUGCGGAAAAAUGAAACAAAUCAGCAAUCGGUUUGAUAACCUCCUGGAUAAGUCAAAAGAAUUGUUCCGACAUAGUAGCAACAAUGAACAGCAGAUGAAAACAAAAAUUCAAACCACGGAAAACGCGGUUAGAGAGAUCGCAAAAGCAUGUGCGCAAGCUUUCCAAGAGCACGAAACAUUCCGCGCGAAAUAUGACGAAUUUGAUGAAGCGCUCGAUCAUGUUAAGCGCUCGUUCGAUGACACUCUAAAAAAAUUCAGUGAUAUAUCAAACGUUAUACUGACUCUAAGUGAGUUGAAAUCCGAACAAAAUUUAAUGAGCAUCCAAUGCGGCAGAAUAUUCGACAUGGGAAGAAUGUUGUAUCCUGCAACAGCCCCCGAAGGCCAGCAAGAAAUCGAAUCUGAAGUUCAAAAGUUGCAGCAAAAAUUUGAUCGUAUAUUCGCGGAAAUAAAUUCGGGCUUCAAAUCGUGCGAAGCACGACUAGCCAGAGUUACCGCCUUCAAGGACAAACUGGAACGCAGCCAAGGUUGGCUGAGCGGUUUAAGGGAUAAUCUUACACCGAGCAUGAUUCUCAAACCUACUCUUGAGGAUAAAAUUGUUCAGCUUCAAACGUAUACUGACCUAGCAUAUGAGUUGAAGAAUUAUCAACCGGAGGUUGACAGUUUGAAAGACUUGGCUAACGAUGUUGUUGCGGCACCGAAUGAUUUGGAUCAAUUUUCUGAAGAUUUUAGUAGCUGCGUCGAAAGGUGUAAGCUAUUCGUGGAAAGCUACAAAAAAAUAGUUAGCAAUCACCGGCAAUACUGCAAAGCGGUCAGAGAAGUGACCGACUUUAUUACUACCAACAACAAUGAAAUCGAGCUCUGGGGUGAAAUAGAUCUUGAUCAAGUUUCCCUAAACACCAAUUUAGAUCGAUUAAUCGAUUUAAAGAAAACGAUCCUAGAGCAGACCAACCGAAUAGAGCAGCUCCGUGAGUUAGGCAACCUAGUAACGCUCGAUACAAGUGAUGACGGUAAGAAUGACGUUCGAUCACAGCUGGAUAGAUCUCAACAAGAAUGGGAAGGGCUGCUAGUUACGUUGGACUCGACUGUUGAAAAAGUUCAGUCUAAAAUAGGCGAAUGGAAUGAGUAUGAAAGUAUGCGAACAAAUUGCCUGGAAUGGAUGCGAUCUGUCGACUCGAAUGUGCACUCGGUUGACCUCAAAGCUACGCUGGACGAGAAGAAAGCUGUUUUAGACCAUCUCAAAACUCUUCAGGGAGAAGUGAAAGCUAAGGAACUAGAAAUCGAUUCACUUACUGAUAAAGGUCAACAAUUACUUUUGGGUGUUUUAACUGGCAGGAACUCUCAAGUGUCUGAAUUGGCCAUCAAGUACCAACAGACAUCCAUUCGAGUGAAAGAACUUACAAGUAGCUGGCAGCAAUAUAUCAUAGAUCAUCAGGAACUGUCAGCACAAACUGAAACCCACAAGCAAUGGCUAAAUUCAAUCAAAGAAAAAAUAAAUCAAUGCUCAGACAUAACUGCGAUAUCUACCGAAGAAGAACUACAAAGUAAAAUCAAAAUUAUUCAAGAUUCAUCACUCAACAAAGAGGAGGGAACUACGAGAAUGCAAAAAAUUCUCGAUUUAUCCCAAAAAGUGCUAGCCUGCACAGCACCUACAGGACAUGACAGCAUAAACCUCGCGAUAUCAAACCUUCAAGAUGAAUGGUCCAGCAUUAGUUUAAAAAUGACGGACGUCAAAUCGCUGUUGGAUGACGCUCUCAACCAAUGGUUAAGACUUUUGGAACAAAUCAGCGAUCUUCAAUCGAAAGUUGAAUGGCUGGAAACCCAGUUCACAUCCUUCUCGGAGUUUGAAAGCACCCUGACUGAUAAGCAAGCUCAGUUAGAUAGAAUUAAAAAUGCCGAAGAAAAAAUCCGAAUUGAAAGGAUUGAAAUUGAGCCUUUACGUCAGAAAACUCAAGCGAUUCAACUGCUGGGAAAAUUCGACUACAUCGCCGAACAAAUCAAUAAAUUACUAAACGCCCGAGAGGAUCAACUGCGUGAUCAUCGCCUGUAUCAGGAGGCGUACGCUAAUCUUUCCAGUUGGUUCGACCGAUCACUAGAAAAAAUAUCUUCGGCCAAACAACAACCAUUAAGUGACAAAUUUUCGCUGGAUAACUCAAUAGCCCAACUUGAUUCCGUUUUGAACGAAAAAGCUCAAGGUGAAUUAUUGAUUGAAAAUUUGGUUCACACUGGGGAAGUCUCGGUGGCAUCAACUUCACCCACAGGAGCGGAUCAAAUCAGAGCUGAUAUCGCUGAACUCAAGCAAAGUUUUGAAAAACUUUUCCGAGAAAUUGAACACCACAAGCAGAACUUUGUCGAAACUAAUACGGCUCUUCGAGAAUACCACGACGAGUACGAGCGUCUUGCCGAAUGGUUGCAACAGAUUGAUGUGAUUGUGACAACUCAUAAAACAGCUGUCCCAUCAAGUAUAGAAGACAAAGAAAAACAACUAACAGAAAUGCAAGACUUAUUGGCGCAGCUAGAAGAGGGCGAAAAGAAUGAGCUUGAACAGUUAAAUUCGUUGGCAGCUCCAUUUUUACAUUUGGAUUCCUACAUCGGUUACCAAGUAACACAACUCAGCUCUCGCUAUCAAGUACAGCUUAGCAUCACUAAAGAUCUGCUUAAAAAGGUGGAAUCAAACAGUGAACUUCAUAAGGAAUACGAUAAAAACUUAGCUGAAGCAAACCGAUGGAUUAGUGAUGCGAAGGAAAUAGUUCAUUCCUGUACCACUGAAAAUUGGGACCAAGUGGUGAGCAAAGAAAAUCUAGAGAAACGACUGAGAAAAAUUAUGGAUCUCAUUCAGAGUCGUGAAGAAGGACAGUCUCUUGUGAACAACUCAGUAAAUCUAGGAGAAAAAGUACUAAACUCGACGAAGUCCGAUGGAGCUCAAAUUAUCAAUAAUGAAAUUAAAGAACUACAACAUAAUUGGGAUCAAAUUGUGAAACAAAUGUCAACCACUAAAAUUCAUCUAGAGACAAGUUUACUCCAAUGGGCUGAUUAUAAUUCAAGCUACAGUCAUUUGCAACAGUGGAUACAGGAUCGAGAAGCACGGCUGGAAGGACUUUCCGAACACAAAGCAGGUUUCAACGAAAGAAAAGCAAACUUGCGUCUGACAAAUGAUAUUCUACAAGACAUUCUAUCGUGCGAACCAAUGAUUUACUCGGUGACCAAUAAAGCUUCCGAUCUGCAUCAAAACGCUUCGGAACUUUCGAAAAAAUAUGCAAAUCUCACCACACAUGCCAAGGAACAUUUCGCUCAACAGAAAGAAACUGUUGAAAUGCUCGAAGCCUUCACUGAUUGCAGCAAUGAAUUUGCUCUUUGGAUUCGUCACUCAAAAGAAAGCCUAAAUAAAUGUUCCGAUCCUAGAGGUGACCGCGAUUCGCUCGUAUCGAAGAUGACUCAGCUAAAAAUCCUCGACAAAGAUGUCGAUAUUGGUCAGAAAAAACUUGAAAAAACAGUAGAGCAGGCAGCCUUAGUAUGUCGAAAUGUUAACCCCGACGAGGGUGAAGCGAUCGAGCGAGAAGUGACCCUACUCCAGGAUGAGUUCGAUAACUAUUCGGAAGCUCUGAGUAGCAUCAAUAUUGCUUUGGAGAAUGGAAUCGUCCACUGGAAGGAAUACGACGAUCAAUAUACGGGAGCACUCAAUUCGUUGGACAAACUAGAGCAGGAAGCGCAAGCUUAUAAUAAACUGCACAGCUCUUUAGAGCAAAAGAAAAUUGCUUUGGAGGAAUUUCAGGAAAAACUGCACGCUCUUUUCGAUUGGCAGAAAGAAUUGGAUAAUUUAAAUGUGAAAGCGCAGGUCCUGCUCGAUAUUUGCGCCGAUACACGAGUUAGUAACGGCAUAACGCAGAUUACUACCAAGUAUAACGUUUUACUAUCCAUAGCGAAGGAACUUAUGCGUCGCUUAGAACUUCAAUAUCAAGAGCAUCAGCAACAUAACACUCUACUCGGUCAGUGUCAAGACUGGCUACGAUCUAACCGUGAUAAAUUGAGUGAGUGUAAAGUAACUCCGCAGACAAUAGUUGAAGCUCAGUCAAAAUUAAACUCCAUAAAGGGCAUCCGUCAAAGUCUCGAACAGGGUCAAAAUAAUCUCCGGUACUUGUUUGAACUUAAGGAAAAAAUUAUGCUAAGCAGCGAAUCCAGUGGCGCCACAAAAAUAGCAGCGGAUACCGAUGGAAUAAGAGCAGACUACGAAUCACUAUUAGUGGAAAUAAAUGACGUCAAACAAAGCUCACUGACACAUUUGUCUGAUCUGGAAGAUGUUUGUAAGUUGCUGAAAGUUCUAAGCGAGUGGGUUGAGGAAGUAAACAGGAAAAUAGAAGAAAUUCCACCAACUUUAGGUGACUUUUCAACGAAACGGGUGGUUUUGGAACAAUUCAAAACUUUUAGGCGCGAAGCUGCAAGUUUGAAUGACAUCAGUGACAAAGUCAAAACUAAAAUGAGGGAAAACACUGCUUUGGACAGCGAAAACAAUCGUAAAAUUCUCACUGAAUAUAAAGCACUAAUAGCUAAAUUAGGGACGGAAAUUGAACGUUUGGAAUAUCAAAUCGACAAUUACGAACAAUUUAGAAAAACGUUACAAGCACUGUUCGUUUGGAUGAACGAUACGCGACAGAAUAUUGAACAGCUCUCGGAUUGUCAUGGCGACCGUGACCUUAUUGUAAAAAAGUUAAAUGAGGUCAGAAACAUAAAAAUGUCUUCUCUACAAGAAGGAAAAGUGUUGCUAGAGGAUGCUAAUGAAAUUGGCACCAAUCUGCUGCAAAUUAUUGACCAAGAUGGACAUGAUGCUCUGAAAGGUGAGAUUUCACAAGCCAAAUCCGACUGGGAAGAGAUAGAGAUUCUUGCGGAUGCAACCCAGCAAACUUUGAAUGAUGUUCUAGGUGCUUGGGAAAAUUUCUAUGAGAAGUCAAAUGACUUGAAUUUAUUUAUUUCGGAAUACAAAGAAAUAUUGGCUGCUCUGGAUGAUUCAAAUAUUGGCGAACAGGAGACGAACGUGAAAAAUCUUAAGCAUAUGUUGGAAAUAAUAUUAACCAACAAAUCGUUCGUCGAAGAACUAAAUGACAUUUGCGAAGCGUUGAUGGAGACGAGUGCCUGCCCUACAGUACGAGACCAAACUGUUGAUCUUCAAAAAAGUUAUUCAUUACUCCUAACAAACCUUCAAGAACUUAUAGCACAACAAGAAAAAAACAUUCCAAAUUGUACCGAUUAUCUGAACUACAAAGAUGAGUUACUAAAGUGGAUUGAAGACACAAAUCAAGCAAUAAUGGCUUCACACGAAAAGCCAUCCGAUGAUUUACGCGAUACAAAGAGAAAAAUUACAGAUAUGCAAACCCUGUCGAGUUCUGUUCCACAGGGAACAAAACUUUUCGGAAUGUUACAAGAUUCCGUCACCAAAUCAUCCUAUUCGCAACCUGAAGAAAAACAAACAAAUAUGCUCGAUAGCAUUACAGAGAUACGAGCUGCACUCGAUUCAGUUAUUUUAGGAAUCAACACCACCUUAAAUGAUCUGAAUGUUCGAUGUAAUCGCUUGGAGUUGUAUGAAGAACUCAAAAAACAGCUCUCAGAUUGGUUAAAUCAGACCGAAGCCGCUUUCGAAACAAUCCCCAAAACAGGUGGAGAAAUGAGUGAUGUACGAACAAGUUUAGAACGAAUCAAACACAUCCGCGAGGAAAUUACUUCCAAACAAGUCGACUUAGAUGCUAUUAAUCUCGAAGCAAGCAACCUUUUCGAUGCUGAAAUUGAUAGUGUGAAUAAUCUCUCUCAAAGAACUGUAAAAUUAAAUGAGCAGUGUUGUAAGCUCAUCAAAUCUUUCGAAGCAGAGUUGGAAGACCAAAUGACUUACUAUCAAAGCUUGCAGGAAAUCGAAAAAUGGUUGCUGCAGAUUUCUUUUCAGCUUAUGGCGCAUAACUCUUUGACUGUCCUUAAUCGAGAACAAACGAUCGAACAGAUUACUCAGCAUGAGAAGCUUCUCGUGGAAAUUCAGAACUAUCAAACCAACAUUGAUGAUAUUAACGUCAAAGGACAGGCACAAAUUGAUCGCUACAUACUUUCAGCACCCGAAAUUAAAAACAAAAUUGAACUUCAGAUGAAAAACAUUCAAGAUAGUUAUAAUUCGUUGUUAACAACGUCUGUGGAAAUCCAGAAUCGAUUGCAUGAUUCGCUGAGUAAAUUCCAAGAAUAUGAAGAUACUCUCGAUGAUAUAAUGAAAAACUUAAGUGAGUUGGGGCCAGAGAUCCAACAUGAAAAAACAACUAAAAUAUCUGAUUGUGAGCUUGGAAACGCGAUGUUGGAAAAAUCACAACUGUAUCAACACAAACUGCAGCUAGAAAAGAAUCGAUUAAUCCACGCUAUUCAAAUUUGUGAAGCAGCAGCCAAUAUAAGCCACCCCAGUUCACCAAUGGAAUUGACUCAUCAAAUCAUUCCUGAGAAGGAACUCGCGGUUCAGGCACGCUUGGAGGAACUAAGUGAUGAGGUCCAAACUUGGAUUGCAAACCUCAUACCAAUCGUUAAUAGCUUUGAAGCCCAGCUGAAGGAACAGCACGAACUGGAACAAUGGAUUGAGAAACAAGUCGUCAUUGUCAAUGGCUGGCACCGAAAACCGAACAAACUUCGUGCAGAAGCCGCUGAGCUUGAGUUAAAACAAAUGAAGAAUUUACAGAGCGAAAUUGCAAACAAAUUGCAACAGGCGCAAAGAUUGGAUGUAUCAUUGCGGUGUGAACUCGAACGACUUAAUGAAAACCUUGAACAAAUAAUUGCCGAAAAAAUUAAAAAUCAGCACAUCAUUGAGGAAUAUAAGAAAUCACAUGAAAACAUACAAAACAGAUUAGAUUCCAUCAGCCAGCAAAUUGAUAGCAUAGAAAAUGACACUGAUUUAAAUUGCAAGCAAAAGUUAGAAAAUGCACUGAACAUCAAUGAUCUUCUGAGCAGUGAUGGCAAUGGCAUUGUCAUUUAUAGGGAAAGUGCCGCACGAGUUGAUAAAAUUGUAAAUAACUUAGAUAGUCAACAAAUUGCCGCGCAAGUGAAAGCAAUCGAGCGCAAACGCGUCGACAUUCAAAAAAGAAUGUCUCGAAAGUUGGAAAUUUUAAGUUCUACCAACGAAACGUAUUCUAGCAUAUCAUUUGAUAUUGCGGAAAUUGAAGAGUGGUUGAGUCAAAAAUCAAACUUUCUUAACACACCUCAUCAACUGGGGGCUGAUGUGAAAUCGGCUGAAACUCAACAGGAUACCCUUGAAAAACUCUUGAAAGAAACGGAGGGGAAGCAGUCACUUUUAAAUGUUCUUAGUAAAAAAUUGUUGAGUGUGCGAACUACUUUAGAGCCCAAUGAAAAAUUGGUAGUAGAGAAAAAUAUACAAGGAUUAAGUGAAAAAUUCAACUUGUUAUUAGCUGCUAUUCGUAAAGAAAUAGAAAAAAAUGUUACAGCAGUGUCUAGGCGUAAAACCAUGGAAAAAAGUUUCGAAAUGGUCGGAAAGUGGAUUAGAACUAAACAGCAGGAUGUAGAUAAAGUAUCCGACCGACUUCCCUUGUUACCAUCGAAUGUGGAAUCAGAUAUAAUGUUAUACCAAGGCCAUGAACGCAACAUAGAAGAGUUUAAAGAAAACGAAUUCGAAGAUUUGUGCCGUCGAGUAAAGGAAACUACAAAAGAUUGCGCCGAUGAUGAACGCCAGAAAUUAACAGGAGAUCUUGAAGAAGUUAAAGCAAGUUUAGUCAUCCUAGUUGAAACUUGUACCGGAAAAAUUUCUCAUUUACAACAGGAACAUCAUAAACGGUGUGAAUACGAAAGACGAAAAGAACUCAUUUUAAGUUGGCUUAGCAAAGCCGAGUCUACAGUUUCAUUCGAUAUAAAUACCGCUAGCAUGAAAACACUCAAGAAAAAAAGGCUCAACAUGGCUGAAAUGUGUGAACAAAGUGCAGCUAUGAGUCAAUCGUUGAAAGAGCUUGAUAAAUGUAAAACUUUAAUAGUUCCUACAUUGUGCCUUACAGAUGAAAAUAACAUAACAAGUCAAAUGAAACUCAUCAACGACAAAUGGAACGCUAUGGAUAAUGCGUUGAAAAUUAAACAUCAACAGCUUUGCAACCACAUUGAAGAAUAUCAACUUGCUCUAGAUAAAGUAAAUCAAUGUUCACAGUUUCUAGCUCAAAUUCAAAACAACAUCCGUGAUAUCAAUAAACCGAUGGAGAGUAAAAUUGAGAACGUACAGGAUUUCUUACUGUCUUACGAAUCAAUGUUGAACAGUUUGAAAGAACGACGACUGGAACUAAACACUAUAUUACUCACCAACAUACCAAAACUAGAAGAGAAUAAAACAAAGAUUGAGGAGAUGAUUAAUACCAUAGAAGAACAACUAAGACUACUGAGGGCAGUGUUGAACAUGAGAGACCAGUUUGUUGGAGCAAUUAACGAAGUUGUUACAGUUUUAUCUAAAAUCUAUACCGAUUUCAAUGAACUGGAAACUGUUGCUAGCAACAUCGAAGAUCGCUCAAAUCGUUAUGCUGAAAUUUUUGAUCGAAUCAAUCUUUGUGCUACACGGCUUGAAACAGCGAACGACAAAGGGCAAGCGAUCGCUAGUGAAGGAACCGAUCUUGAUCGUCAAAACAUUAACGAGCAACUCCAGGCUCUGCACUUGCAGCUAGAUUUAAUUCGCAAAAACGUUGAAAUCGAUCAAGAGAAAUACGAACAACAACGUCAGCUUCUCCGAACAACUAGCGAGGAGCUAACUAUUCUUCUCGACUGGUUUCAGAAAAAUAACGAUCUUAUAAAAUCUCGUCCAUUGUAUAGUGAAGACAUCAAUGUAUCCGCUGGAUAUGUAGCUGAUAAUGAGAAACUCAGCAUUCAAGCUCGCAACAAUCUAGUUCAAAUGGAAGAAUUACUUAAUAAAAUCAAAACUGAAAUUCAUUCAUCUGCGGAUCUACAACAUAAAGUUACGCAAGCGCAAUUUUGGUUGGAUGAAGAGCCGACGGAAUUAACUGCUCGUGACUUUUAUAUCCAAGAGAAUCACAAACAACGCAAAGUCUACGGUGAAAGCAUAACCAAAUUAAACGAAUGGUGCACGACAGCGGAAAAACAAUUCUCUUUACCCACUUCCUUUAAACUAGACUUAAAUGAACUUACCUCAAGUUUGACUAAUUUGGAAUCACUGCUAGCAACUGAAAGAGCCAUGCGAAAUCUAUUGUUCCACGAUAUUCAAGAGCAAGCCGAUCAGUUCUGGGACACACUUGAUACCACAGACCAGCAGAGGUGCUUGCAAGACCUCAACGCCUAUAAAGCUCGACUUUCCGAAAUAUCGCACCAAGGGGCAGUUAAACAACGCGAGCUACUUACGAACAAAGAUGAAAUGGAACGAUACUUUGCACAACACGAAAAAGCUUUGACUGGUCUAGGAAAAAUUCAAAUGAGAGAGGAAUUGUUGACGUUAUCUACACUUUCAGCUCGUAUCGAUCACGUUAGUGAACUUUUGGCGAACUCUCAGGUCGAUCGAAACGAGUUAGAAGCGCUAAAUGAAAUUACAAGUAGAAUAAUUGCGCAAGUGAACCAGAACGAUAGAGAUAAAGUUAGUACCGAUAACGUCGAACUCAACCGCAUCUGGAGUGAAGAAACUACGCAUCUUCGAAACCAUCAAGAAAAUUUGAUGCAAUUGCAGCAUCAAUGCGCUCAACUGGAAAGUGUUCUACAGGAGCUUGAAACUAAACUGAACGAUUCGUUGGAAAGGAGUAAAGGUUUUGACAUUAUCAUAAAUUCUAAAGAAGACAUUUUGGCAAAGCUACAAGUUUUAGAGAGCCUACUUAGAGAUAAAGGUGUUCUUGAAGAGUUGAGCAGAAAAGCGAAUUCGUUGGCUAGAGCAGUGUUUGUUGCAUUAGGUGAACAGCAAUUAUCCUCGCAUUCGCUGGAAGAAAAAUUGAAUCAUUUCAAUCAAAUUGAAACUGAAUUAACGAAUGACUUGAGCACAAAACGAUUGUUGCUACAAAACAAAUUGCAAGAAAUACAGAACUUUUCGGAGCAAAUCACCAAUUUGUCAACAGCAAGCAGUCGAACACUCGAGGAGCUCCAACAAAUCAAUACAUUUGAUGAAGUAUUGCUCAAAACUGAAUCAACUUUACAGGAAAUUAAAUCAAAAGCAGAAGAUCUGUUAAAGAAAAAAGAAGAACUCCAAAAGCAAAUUCUAUCCAAAUAUCCACAGUCCGUUCCAGAAGAGCUCACUAGUCAAAUAAAUUCAUUGGAAAAUCUGCUGGCGAGCAUAUUUUCCGACAUGGAGGAAUACGAGCGUAGUUUCAAACGUGCAAAAAUUGUGCGCACUGACUAUUUUGAAUUGGACGGCAAGGUUAAAAGAUGGAUCGAAAACGCACAGAUUACUAUCAGUGAUUCCAGUACUGAUCCCAGUGAGAUGAAGACAAAAUUGUUGAUACUGUUAAAUAACUGUGAGGACAUUCGGUUGCUGUUUAAUCAACUUGUCUUAAGUGGCAAAGAAAUAAUCGAAAACAGUUCCAAUAGUCAGGAUAAACUCACAGUUCAAAUGAACAUUGAUCAAACAUCGCAGGAGCUUGACAGAACAGUUCUACUAAUUCAAGAAAGAAAUAAGACAAUUGAUCACAUUCUCGAAAAUUGGUCGGAAUUUAUGCGUUUGUAUCAGUUAGUAGCGGAAUGGGCAGCACGUACUCGUGAACUGUUGGAAAGAAGGCUUCAACUUAAUUCAAUUCAUGAUGCUCAUACCGUGUGUCAGUAUUAUUCAAAUGCGGUCUCGACUUUAGGUAAUGUUUCACAGCAUUUAAGCGAAAUGAACCACGAAUUCGACAAAAUUAGCGAAGUUUGUGCAACUGGUUUUCUGAAACGCAAGCUACACGAAGCCGAAACAGUCAAAGUCGACAUCGAAACCACCUUGCUUGAAAGGAACUUAUUCCUACGAGAAACAACGGAAGAAUGGCAACAAUAUGAGAAUAAAAUGGAAAGCGUGAAGGGUUGGAUUAAGGAAUCAUAUGACGCAUUGAGUUCCUCUGAGUUGAGGAGUAAGCCGUUGCGAGAUCAAAUUCGUAUACUCGAACAAAUGCUUGCAGAUAUCUCAGCUCAAAAAAUGAAAGUUAAUAUGUCACUAGAUAAAUUGCAGGUACAUUUCCGCUCACAAAUCGUAUGCACUGAUAAUUCUAACAUAAUGCAAAGUGGGCGGUCAGUAAUCAGGGAUCUCGAGAAACUAAACCAUGAUGUCUAUCAAACAACUCAGAACCUAGUUAGGGCAUUAUCGCAAUCCGAAGACAGUCAGCUGGAACUGCAAUCCAUCCGGCAGAGUAUUGUGCGAGAAGAACAGCAGCUGAGAAAUAUCGUGACACCUUUGCAUCAAUCCGACGGCAGUGACAGACUUGGACAGGAACCGUCGGUAAUCGUUUCCAAACCCGUAUCAUCAUCGACUACCGCCGUCUGGAGUACACAGGGGCUUACCUAUGCAGAAGUUGUCGCAGGUUUACGCAAACAUCAAAUGCAGCAGAAAAUGGCUACGCAACACAAAGCUGCUCCCAGUGUAACAAACAAAAUAAGGAUUGUUGACAGUAGUAAUCUAGCUUCUAAUGCUCCUCAAUCGGUGAAUGCUGUUAAUACAGUUGUUAGGUCUGUUGGUGUGAAUGACGUCAACAUUUCGAAAAAAGUCAGGAACACAAAAACAUUUUACGCUAACGAAACUCCAAUCACAGCUAAAGAUCCUGAAUACAAAAAGAGUAACCUAAUUAAUUCGAACGCUCUCCCAAGUAAUCAGGAAGAUAAACAGCAGAAGAAAAACAAGAACGAUGGCAAUAAUUCAUACUCAUCAGUGCUGCAAAAUUUAGGAGCCGGUGAGGCAUUUAUAAGCGAGCCUCAAGCUUUCGUCCGUUUACCCGAAACAAACCUCGCACCCGUACAAGAGCUGAAAGACAUAAAUACUGCACAAAACAUAAAAACUACUGACUUAGUUAGACAGUCGAGUAAAAAACAGUAUAAGAAAAAAUCCAAAUCGGAAAAACAAGCUACACCGGAACGUGAAGAAAUUAGUCCAGAGUCCGUCAAUUUGGUACAAACAGAGCAGAUUAUUGAACUUGGCAAGGACAAAAAGAAAAAGAGGAGAAAUAAACCCAAGCAUUUAAGCAAACAGUCUAGCAGUGAUCAAGCGGAAGAAAGCGAACUGAUUGGAAAAUCAAUAGAUACGGUGAACGUUGAAAAUAAGUCCGAGGUUGAUGUCACAGUCCAACAUCAAAAUUGUACCCCAGGUUCAACUGAAAGUGGCGUGGAAGAGGUGCAGCUUCCAGUCGAAAUUGAGUUUUUUUCUAAAACCAGUACUGAUAUUCAGAUGGCGCAUGCGGUGCACGAAAAGGUUCAAAACAAAAAGUACAACGCGAAAACUUCGUUUGAGACAGAGAAAAAGCUAACAAAAAAUAAGUCUGAAAAAAUCCAAAAGUCUAACUCGUUGGAACAAAAUAUGAAUAAAGAUAAAAAUAUUCAGGUUUCGGAGCUGAAAGAAACUGUGGAAGCAACAGAAUUGGUUGAAAAACCAGUUGAAACGAUGAACGUUUCAGCGGUUUAUACUAAAGGAGGCGAUGAUUCUGUUAAAAAUAAGCCCGAUGAUUUCGUCGUUACAAUCCAAAAUCAAACCCCAGUUUCAACAAAAAUCGGUGCGAAAGAGGUGCCAAGUGUUGAAGAUGAGUUUAAUUCAAUUAAGACACAAUUAGUGACGAAACCCAACGAAAGCCCAAGUAGCACUGCGGAGACUUCGUUUGAACCAGAGAAACAACAAGGAAAAAAUAAGUCUAAGAAAAUUAAAAAGUUUAAUUCAUUGGAAAAUAAAUCGAAUAAAGAUGAGAAAAAUCCGGUUUCAAAGUCCAAAGAAGCUGUAGAAACAACAGAAUUGAUUGAAAAACGAGUUGAAACGGUGAACGUUUCAGCGGUUUGUACUAAAGACGAUGAUUUUGUUGAAAAUAAGCCCGAAGCUGAUGUCACAGUUCAACAUCAAAAUUGCACCUCAGCUUUAACAGAACCUGUUGCGAAAGAGGUUGAACUCUCAGUCGAAAAUGAGUUCUAUUCCAAAACCAGUACUGAUAUUGAGAUGGCGCCUGCAGCGUCUGACGAAGUGCAAAGUGAAAAGUACCUCGCGGAAACUUCGCUUGAACCAGAGAAAAAAUCAAGAAAAUAUAAAUCUAAAAAAAUUCAAAAGUCUCACUCAUUGGAACAAAAUAUGACUAUAGAAAAAAAGAGUCAGGUUUCAGAGCUAAAAGAAACUGUAGAAGCAACAGAAUUGGUUGAAAAACCAGUUGAAACGGUUAACGUUUCAGCGAAUGAUUCUGUUGAAAAUAAACCCGAAGUCCAACAUCAGAAUCGUACCCCAGCUUUAACAGAAACUGGUGCGAAAGAGUUUGAUCUCCCAGUCGAAAAUGAGUUUAACUCAAAAACUAGUACUGAUAUUGAGAUGGUGCCUCCGGCGCAUGAAAAAGUAUACAACAAAAAGAACAACGAAAGCCCAAGCGACACUGCGGAAACUUCGUUCGAGCCAGAGAAAAAACUAAGAAAAAAGUCUAAAAAAAUUCAAAAGUCUAACUCAUUGGAACACCAUAUAAAUAAAGAUAAAAAGAGUCUGGUCACAGAGCCAACAACUGUAAAAGCAACAGAAUUGAUUGAAAACCCAGUUGAUAAGAUGAAAGUUGCAGCGAUCGAUGAUUCUGUUGAAAAAAAGCCCGAAGUUGAUGUUACAAUCCAACAUCAAAAGUGUACCCCAGCCUUAACAGAAACUACUCUGAAAGAGGUACAGAAUGUUGAAGAAGAGAAGAUUUCCAAACCCAGCACUGAUAUUGAAAUGGAGCCUGCGGCUCAUGAAAAAGUGCAAAACAAAAAAGAGUUUGAGUCAGAGAAAAAACCAAGACAAAACAAAUCUGAAAAAAUGAAAAAAUCUAAUUCAUUGGAAACUAAAACUAAUCAAGCUGAAAAGAGUCUGGUCUCAGAGCUAAAAGAAGCUAUGGACUCAACGGUUUUACUGACUGAAUCUGUGGUAACAAAACGUGCAACUACAAGUUCUGUGUUCGUUUCCAGCUUAGAAAUAACUAAUUUGGAUGAUGAAAUCCACGAACCAGAAAAAACAUCCGUCGAUGAGUUCAAGACCAACCUCAUUUUUGAGGAUUACGACUUUGUUUCUUCGCCUCAAAACACACAACCGGAGCAAGAAGUCAAAUCUGCAGACAAAAUUGAAUCUUUGACUCUUCCUCUAGCUAAUUAUCAAGAAAGAAGUAAUAAUAACAAUAAUGUCCAAUCGAAUGGUCACGAUGAUAAGCACGACAAAGACAAAGAUGGUAGUUCUACCUCGGAUCAGGAACGUUCUAACCAACAAAAUAACGGCUUAACAGCAAAUGGCCAAAAUGGCACUAGCGUAUUUAUAGUCAACAAAAACUGGCGCAACAAUCAUCAGAAAAUUUCCAUGAUCACCCACGAACAGUACCUUUCGAAUCCAGUCUCGCAGAUGAAAUUAGAACUACCGAAUGUUGCUUUCGAGACGGACCACUGCAGAAGUGAACUUUCACUAAUCAAAACGCAGAAAGAGCUGGAAAUUCCGAUUGAUUCCGUUAAAAGCUUGGACAACCUACAAUUGGCUACUGAAAUAUCGAACAGCAGUCCCCCGAAAGAGCCGGGAGAGUAUGCGAAACAAAUGUCACAAAGUGACUUAGCAGUAACACAAACGGCAAACGCAAUCAUAGACGUUUCCAAGCAGGUGGAAAUUUUCUCGACAGUUGUUUCCUCAGUUACGAUGAAAACCACCACAAUUGUGGAUGAGUACUCGAACGAACAGCGACUUGUGGACGAAUGUUACUUAAACCCCAGCAAAGUUGAUCUCGAUUUUAGUAAGCACAAUUUUAAACACACUACGACUGAACUUUCAUCAACAAGCUCGAAUUUAGAGUCAGUAGUUGAACACCAAAGUAUUUUAGAAUACGCGCAAGAAAAACUAGACGAUGUUAGACCAGCAGCAACUCCAAUGGAUGAAAACUUUGCACAAUUUCAUCACACCAUCCCAAGUCGAUCCCAAGACGAUAUCGGUAGUAGAAUGCCAGAGUCAUCAAUUCAUAGUCCAACACAAACAGAAAGUAGUAAAGUGACAGCUGAAAUCCUUGCUUCUCCAAAAGUUACUCCUGACAUCAACCUUUGCCCUUCGACCGAAAUCUCAAGCAUUCCAGAAGAAAUCUGUCAGACCAAAUUACCCAGCAGCGAUCAAGAAUCUUCUGAAUCCGAGGUACUGAAUCUUCCAACAGAAGAGCAAGUAUUGGAAAAAAUGCGUGAGAAAUCAAUCCAAGAGGAACGCAUUCCAGAAAAAUUAUUUACUGACUCGGAUGUUCUGAACCCCCUAACAGAAGAGCAUUUAUUGGAGAAAAUGCGCGAAGAAUCCAACCAAAAGGAUUGCAUUUACGUUGCGCUCAGCCACGAACAAAACCUGAACAACGAAGUUACAUACCAAAUGAUCCAAGAAACGCCAGUUGAUGUCACCGAAUCUACUGCACUGCUGGAUCAGAAUCAGUAUGAAGCUUUGGAGGCCACUAGUCCCAAAACUGAGGAGCCAAAGGUUCAGGGACAAGAAAAAAUCGGAAUAUCCAUCGUUGAACAAGUACAACAUCCCAUCCCACUUGGUUUGAGUUCCAACAAUGAAUUAAAUAUGGAGACAAUAGCUGAGGAUGAAUUGAAAACUUCUCGUACAGAAUCCUCAAUCAUGAGUAUUACCACCACUAGCGAACUAGUACAAAAACCUGAGACUGAUUUGAAGGGUCUCUCCGAAGAAUUACCUGAGGUCGUUAAAUCCUCGAAACCAUCCGUUUCAGCCGAUAUUUCCGAACCAGUUGAAAAACCUGUACUGUUUGCCUCGCUGGACCCUGGACACAGUUCGCCGCGAGGUGAGAUCGGCGAUACCACAAAACCUUCCCAGUCCACAGACGAUUCAAUCGAUCAAGCGUUCGACGCAUUCAAAGCACAACAGCAGCAUUUUAGAACAGAAACGAACGUCGUUUUCGAACGUGGAGCGGAUCUAUUUACGGAAGAUGAUUUCAUGAAAAUCGAUUUUUCACCAAGACUAGAAACGUUACAAAGUGAUGAAAGCGAAACAGAAACAGAGGAAGUGAAUGUUUUAGAGCAAACACUCAAACUUCUAGACAUCACGUUCCAUCAAAUUGAACAGACGGCUUCGCACUCUACUAGCGAAGGCGUGGAAAAAUUAAUCAGAGAACUUUACGACGCUGAUGCUCAGAAAAGCGAUCGGGGAGGUUUGGAAGAGAAAGAACUUUUUGAUGAGCUUCAGGAUGAUGAUAUGUUAUCAUCUGAUUUUGAUGCCCUGAACCGUCUAACAGAAGAGCAUUUAUUGCAAAAAAUGCGUGAAGAAUCGAUCCAAGAGGAAUGGAUUCCUACUGCUUCUACUCAGGAACAAAUUAUCAAUAAACAGGAAACGACAGCUGAUGUUACCGACUCCAAUCUCCCUGAAGAAAUAUGUCAGACGAAUUUACCAGGCAGCAAUCAAGAAGGUUUGGAAGACAUAGAUGUAUUGAACCGUCUAACAGAAGAGCAAUUUUUGGAAAAAAUGUGCGAAGAAUCAAUCCAACGUGACAGCAUUUCUACUGCGGAUAUAGUACCGAAUCCUCUAACAGAAGAGCAAUUAUUGAAAAAAAUGCGCGAAGAAUCAAUCCAAGUAGGCAUUGCUACGACUCCUAGUCACGAACAAAUAAUCAAUGUACAAGAAGCAACAGUUGAUCCUACCGGCUCUAGCGUACUACUGGUUGAGGAGAGAAUAAAUUUCUUCGAUGAAAAUCCAUCUGAAAUACUUGUGCCAUCGAGUUCCCGAAAUAAACAGCAAACAGAUUCGACCCUUGAAGAAGAACUUUUGUCAAAAUUGGAAAGUUCAGAACAACACGGGUCCGAUAGAAUGCAGGAAUCUAGCUUGGAAGUUUUGGAUUCGGCAGUUGUGGAAAACGUAGGGAAAUUGCCAACUAGCAAUCAAGGAGAUUUGGGAGGAGAAGAAAAAUUACUAAGCACCGAUCAAGGUGGUUUUGAAGAGGUAGAACUUCCAGUUGGAUCUCAGGAUGAUAAAGUUCCAAUGGAAUUAUCAGCUGAUUUAAAUGCACUUUACCAUCAAACAGAAGAGCUAUUAUUGGUACAAAUGCGAGAAGAAUCAACCCAAGAGGAUUCUAUUUCUACUGCUCCUACUCAGGAACAAAUUAUCAGCAUACAAGAAACGACAGCUGAUAUUACCGACUCUAAUGAAGACAGUGCUCCAGAAAAAAUAUGUCAGACGAAAUUGCCAAGCAGCGAUCAAGAAACUCUGGAAGAAAUAGAACUUCCAGUUGGAAUUCAGGCUGAUAAAAUUUCAAUAGAAUUAUCAACUGAUUUAGAUGAACCGACUCCUCUAACAGAAGAGCAAUUAUUGAUAAAAAUGCGCGAAGAGUCAAUCCAAGAGGAUAGCAUUUAUACUGCUUCUAGUCAGGAAGAAAUAAUCAACGUACAAGAAACGACAGCUGAUAUCGCCGAUUCUAGUGUGCUGCUUGUGACCACUAAUUUCAAAACUGAGGAGCGAGGAGAUUGGAAUCUUGGAGAAGAACCUUUUUCGAAGCUGGAAAUUCCCAUACAAGACAGUUCCGAUGGAAUGCAGAAAUCUAGUUUGGAACUAGCGGAAUCCACAACUAUGGAAUUGCCUGCAACACCGUUGGAUUCUACUAAUGAAUGUGUAGAAAAACUAAUCAGCAAGCUUCGUGAUGAUCAUGAUGAGGUACACAGUAUUCCGGAAGAAAUAUGUCAGACCAAAUUACCAAGCAGCGAACAAGAAGGUUUGCAAGAAAAGGAACUCCCAGACGGGUCUCAAGAUGAUAAUGUUCCAAUCGAAUUAUCCACUGAUUUGGAUGAACCGACUCCUCUAACAGAAGAGCAAUUAUUAGUAAAAAUGGGCGAGGAGUCAGUCUAUGAGGAUAAUGCUUCUAGUCAGGAACAAGUGACUGACAUACAAGAAACGAUAGUUGAUGUAAUUGACUCUAGUGGACUGCUGGUUGAGAACAGAACAACAUUUUCAGAUCAAAAUCCUCCUCAAAUGCUUGUGGAAUCCAGCGGCAAAAAUGAAGAGCGAAAAGAUUCAAACCUUGAAGAAGUAGAAAAGAUAUGUGAAGAGUCAAUCCAAGAGGAUCGAAUUUCUACUGCUCUUAGUCAAGAACAAAUGAUCAACAAACAAGAAACGACAGAUAAUGUUACCGACUCUAAUGAACGCAGCGUUCCAGAAGAAAUAUGUCAAGCGAAAUUGCCAUCCAGCGAUCAAGGGGGUUUGGAAGAGAUGGCACUUCUAGAGGGAUCUCAGGAUGAUAAAGUUCCAAUCAAAUUAUCAACUGAUUUAGAUGAAGCGACUCCUCUAACAGAAGAGCAAUUAUUGAUAAAAAUCCGCGAAGAAUCAAUCCAAGAGGAUAGCAUUUAUACUGCUUCUAGUCAGGAACAAAUAAUCAACGUACAAGAAACGACAGCUAAUAUAACCGAUUCUAGUGCGCUGCUUGUGACCACUAAUUUCAAAACUGAGGAGCGAGGAGAUUGGAAUCUUGAAAAAGAACCUUUUUCGAAGCUGGAAAUUCCCAUACAAAACAGUUCCGAUGGAAUGCAGAAAUCUUGUUUGGAACUAGCGGAAUCCACAACUUUGGAAUUGCCUGGAACACCGUUGGAUCCUACUAAUGAAUGUGUAGAAAAACUAAUCAGCAAGCUUCGUGAUGAUCAUGAUGAGGUACACAGUAUUCCGGAAGAAAUAUGUCAGACCAAAUUACCAAGCAGCGAACAAGAAGGUUUGCAAGAAAAGGAACUCCCAGAUGGGUCUCAAGAUGAUAAUGUUCCAAUCGAAUUAUCCACUGAUUUGGAUGAACCGACUCCUCUAACAGAAGAGCAAUUAUUAGUAAAAAUGGGCGAGGAGUCAGUCUAUGAGGAUAAUGCUCCUAGUGAGGAACAAGUGACUGACAUACAAGAAACGACAGUUGAUGUAAUUGACUCUAGUGGACAUGAGAACAAAACAACAUUUUCAGAUCAAAAUCCUCCUCAAAUUCUUCCGGAAACCAGCGCCAAAAAUGAGGAGCAAAGGGAUUCCAUCCUAGAAGAAGAACCUUCGUCAAAAUUGAAAAGUUCCCAACAAAGCUGUUCCGAUGGAAUGCAGGAAUCUGUGACCAUGGAAUCGCCUAACGUUGGUAUUGUUUCAAUGCCAUCGGACUCUACCAAUGGAGGCGUAGAAAAACCAAACAAGGAGCUUCAUGACGCUAGUGAUGAUAUACACAGUCAUCCUGAAGAAAUAUGUCAAACGAAAUCACCAAGCGAUCAAGGAGGAUUGGAAGAGAUAGAACUCCCAGUGGGAUCUCAGGUUGACAAAGUUUCAACAGAAUUAUCCACGGAUAACCGUCUAACAGAAGAGCAUUUAGUAGAAAAGAUAUGUGAAGAGUCAAUCCAAGAGGAUCGAAUUUCUACUGCUCUUAGUCAAAUACAAAUGAUCAACAAACAAGAAACGACAGCUAAUGUUACCGACUCUAAUGAACGCAGUGUUCCAGAAGAAAUAUGUCAGACGAAUUUGCCAACCAGCCAUCAAGAGGGUUUGGAAGAGAUAGCACUUCCAAAGGGAUCUCAGGAUGAUAAAGUUCCAAUCAAAUUAUCAACUGAUUUAGAUGAACCGACUCCUCUAACAGAAGAGCAAUUAUUGAUAGAAAUGCGCGAAGAAUCAAUCCAAGCAGAUAUAGGUUCAAUAGAACUUUCAACUGAUCCAGAAGUACAGAAGCCUCUAACAGAAGAGCAAUUAUUAGUGAAAAUGCGAGAGGAAUCAAUCAAAGAGGACAGCAUUUAUACUGCUUCUAGUCAGGAACAAAUGAUCAACGUACAAGAAACGACAGCUGAUAUUACCGAUUCUAGUGCGCUGCUUGAGAAAACGAGUGCUCAAUUUGAGGAGCAAAAAGAUUUGAACCUUGAAGAAGAACCUUCACCAAAAUUGGAAAAUUCCGAACAAGACUCUUCCGAUGGAAUGCAGAAACCUAGCUUGGAAGUAGCACAAUCCGCAACCAUGGAAACACCUGACGUUUAUGAUGCUCCAUUACUAUCGGAAUCUGUUAUUGAAAACUUGGAAAAAUUCAUCAAAGAGCUCCAUGACGCUGAUGAUGAUGCACCGAUCAUUCCAGAAGCAAUUUGUCAGACCAAAUCACCUAGCAGCGAACAAGGGGUCUUGGAAAAGAGAGAAUUUUCGGAUGGAUCUCAGGAUGGUAUGAGUUCAGAGAAAUUAUCAACUGAUUUAGAUAUACUAACGCCGGUAACUGAAGAGCAAUUAUUAGUAAAACUGCGAGAGGAAUCAAUCCAACUGGAUAGCAUUUACAGUCAGGAACAAGAAACGACAACUGAUACUAGUACGUUGAUUGUCACAACACGUUCGAACGUUGAAGAAGAAUCCCUACCAGAAUUAGAAAAUUACAAACAAGACUCCUCCGAUGAAAUUCAUGAACAUUGCUUGGACGAUACAAAACGUUCCACCAAGGAAUUGUCUGACGUUGAUAAUGCUUCAAUACCAUCGGAUUCCAAACCAGUUGAACAACAUGUAACAGAAGCAGUGUUGCCUGUUGCUGUUCCACAAGAAAAUUUAGAUGUCAAAUCGUUCAAUGAAAAAGCUGAAUCACUUUCUUCGACUUCUCCUCUAACAGAAGAGCAAUUAUUAGUAAAACUGCGCGGAAAAUCAAUUGAAGAGGAAAGAAUUUCUACUGCUCCUGGUCACGAACAAAUGAAUAAUAUACUAGACAUAACAGCUGAUGUUACCGACAUUAAUGCGCUUCCUGUGACAAUCGGUUCCACAACUGAGCAACCAAGAAAUUCAAACCUUGAAGAAGAACCUUUGUCAAAGUUAGAAGACUCUUUCGGUGGAAUCCACGAGUAUAGCAUUGCAUUGCAGGAUAAACUAAGCGAAGUUUAUGAAAAUGAUCAAGUCCUGGAUAAUGAAUCUAUGUCACAGGAAAUAGGGAACGAAUUUGUCGAACAACAGCAGAUUGAUCAAACUACACCACAAGCCAUGGACGACAGACCGUCGGUUCCAGAAGUUUUCCAACGUCAGACCAAUCUGACAACAGUAGAUACUCUAGGACAUAAACUUGAUUUCAACAUGGAGGAAACUAUACUAGAAGAUACGAAAAUAAUUGCCGAAUUGAGAGAUCUGAGCAAAGAAUGUCAAAUCAAAACCGAUGCUGCUCUAGGUGAUGCUAACGAUGAAGAAAUUACCGCAGAAGAAACAGCAAUAAAAUGCAUGCAAUCUCUGCUGGCAGUACAAGAAUUGAAGGACGAAUUAGAAAAUAGUGGAUUGUCAACAAUCGAUAUGAUUCCAAAUCCUGCAUUACAAUUGCCUAAAGAUGAUUUAAAGCCAGACACUGAAGUCAUUGAACGCAGUCACAUUGAUCUAAAGGAAAAUACUCCCCGUGAAGUAGAAAUAGCAGAUAAAUUUGAGCCUCUGUCAGAUGAGAAUAAAACGUUGUCCGAUUCGGAAUACAAUACCCAACCAUCAACCGACGCAACGGUUGAAAUUCACGAAAGAUUCUAUGUGGAUCAAUCGGUUGAAGAGCCACAGAUUUGCAAAAUCGAUACCGACGCAACUUAUCAAGAAGAAAAUCCUUCCCCUACACAUGAAACUCCUACAUUCUCGAAAGAAAAAUUGACUGUAACACUUGAAAAUCAGUCGCAUGAAAAUUUAACACCUAAGUGUGUAGUUCAGCAACAAUUGGCAAUCAAAGAUGUAAAAUCACAACAUCCUAUUGAUUAUCAAUACGAAACUACAAGCUGGAAUAACUAUUGGCAAUUUUCCGAUGCGGAGAAACUGUAUUUCAAGUAUUGUAAUCCUUCUACCAGCAUUAGUACAACUCCUGAAUUAUUGGAUAAUAGUAAUGAAAUUUCUGAUAACAACACUGAGGUUCUCCCGGAAAAAUCGUACGAAAAAGAUUUGGUACCUUCUCCAUUGGAACAUAUAGACGCUCCUGCAUUGAAGCUUAGCUUUAACAAAGAAAGUAUGUCUACUGAUUACUGGAAGUAUAAGGAUGCGGAACGAAUUUUCUUCGAGAAUGUCCCAUUAGCACCUAAAGUCAUAUUACCAUCAGCAUUAGAAACCAGCUCAGAACAACCGCAAUCAGAAGAUCAUAAGGUUUUGGAUGAGUUAACAGAAACACAAUCCGAUAGUAUUUCUUUUGAUGAAACAUCCCCGAAGAAUACGCAGCGCAGUUCAAAAGAUAAUCAGACUCCAAAUGAGGAUAGAUCGACCGAAAAGGCCGACGAAGUCGCUCCUGAUGAUAGAUUAAACAGCAUUUCGUUUGAGAACCGUUUGUACGACAAAUCAGGUUAUGACAACGCAGAAAAGCAAUACCACCUGCUCAAUGCAUUACAGCAGCAAAGUGAAGAUCUAUCUUUGCCAGCUCCACAAACCAAUGAGGACUCAAUGGAAAUACUAACUAGAAUGGAGUUUGGUGACUCGUCACCAGUAGAUUUAGACGAUGACGUCGUCGAAAAGAAAUCAGAAUCAGAAGACAACAAGCAAAUUCCAGAUACUGACGGUUUGACAGAAAUUGAUAACCAACUGAAGAAAGCCUCUGUUGUAAGCUCCACAGAAAUUAUAACCGAAAUUGUUACAGAUGUUUCAAUAACUCCGGAGAAGCAACUCAAGCCAACUGAACAAAGUGAAGUGAUUUCUACAUCAGAUCUUCAGCUUCAUGAGAUUGAGAAAUCACAGCUUUCUGAAACACUGAUUGACACCAUCUGUAGUCAAGCGGCGGAGCAGCAACAAACGCCGAACACGGAUGUUUCACUUGAAAUAACAACUACAGUGGCACCUGAUCCCGUUUCGUCCAAAGGGUUCUGUCGGGACCAACCGAGUCAUGAUGAAGUUGAAAAACUCGUCCAUCAGCUUGACUCAGCAGAAACCAUCAGGCAAAGUCCCGAACGCUACCCUCAACAGAUCUCUGAGAAGCUAGACACAUUAGCCGACUAUUCCCCGCACCCUCCCCACGAUGUAAAUCCCAAACCCUACUCCCAGGGUAUCCAAACUCCCGAAUAUCAUAAUUCGCCAGGUUCGGAAAUCAACGUAGAUCUAGGCGGUUCCUAUAACAUGGCUGGUAGUACUAUGAAUGAACAGCCACUCACCGAAGGUGUGGAAAAUAUUUUGGAAGCACUUCUCUCUGCGGAACUUAAAAUGAACAACUUGCCGUACGAAAACCUAAACGAACUGAGUAGGGGAUUACAGGUACUAAUCGAAAAACUAGUCAGUUACAAACAGCAAAAUCAUGCCAUUGCGAUGUCCCUGCCCGGGAAUGCCGAUCGAAAGGUGAAGGACGCGCUUCAAAACAUCAACGAUCGGAUUGACUUUAUGCAGCAGAGGGCACAGGAGGGACUGGAGAAAAUACAGCAAACGAUUAUAACCCGAGAACAGCGAAAAGUAGAAGUGAGAAAGUAUCUUCAACUACUAGAAGAAAUUGAAAGCUGGCUUUCAAGUGAAUCGAUACAACUGGUAGAUUUAGACAAAGAUCUAUCAGUUGCUGAGCUUUCGCAGUUGUUGCAGGAAAAUGAAACAAAAUUGGAGAACCUCCGAUUGAAUGAGCUCAAGUCCUUGGAUAUGUACUCGAAAACGGAAGAAUUUUCAGUGUACGAAGACGUACAGCUCAAAGUUACCACCUUACAAGAAAGUCUAUCCGUUUUAACACGAACAAUUCGCGAGAAGGCUUUAAUAGUUGAGAACAACAUAGAACGCGUGAAAGCACUAUUGAAUCAGGAAGAUAGUAAAACAGCAGAUGUUGAAAUGCAAACUAGUCCUCCAGUUUCAAUGAUUGACUCUACUGACAUUGCACCCACGGAGCUGCAACAUUCAGCAUCGCAAACUCAGCGUGAUAAAUUAACUGAUGAUAUACUCAUCAUUCAAUCCAUUUCAGAAGGAACGGAGAUUAUUCAAAUCUCCAAUGUAAGUAAAACUUAUUCUUUAGAGAAUGGAAAAGAGGUUACUGUUGAAGCGAAAUAUACGCAACCUGUUUACGGAGAAACAGAUAAGUCAUCGGAAUUGAUGCUGCAAAACGUUCCUGGGGAAUUUGAAACCAUUUUUGUUGAGCCGGAUAAAAGUACAACGGAAAUAGUCAUUGAUAAGGAUGGAUCGAAAACAAUAACACUCAAAAAGGUUACAACCACCCAUACAGUAGUAGCAGCAGAGGAAGUCAGGACUUAUGAAACCGCUCCAGCAAUCCUGGCAAUUGGUGGAUUAGAAACUGAUGAAAAAAUUGAGGAACCAGCAGAAUCGACAAAUGAAGCUGAAACGAUCGUGGAUCAAAUUUUGGAAGACAUCCACGACCAAGUCAUAACGAGCUCAGAACCAGUUCAAGACUCCCAGGUAUUCGAAUCUGUUGAUGCACCUAACGUAGAUUUGAUUGCUUCUGCUGUUGUUGAAUCACCAACCUUUAGUAUGCAAGAUACAACUGAACCUCUGAAUACUGAUAAACUUACUGAAACACCAUGUCUCUUACCACCGAACAGUGUAACUGAGGAGCCUGUUAUAGCUAUAAGUGAGAUAUGGCCUCCGUCACAGGUUGCUGAAAGUGGUUCCCCCUCGAGGAAGAUUGAAAGAACCGAAGUGCCUAGUUUCAGUGAGCAAGAAGAUAGUACAAAAACUGCUGAUGUGUGGCCAACAAACUUAGAUAUUGGGACUGAUAUUAUUUUGGAUAAGAGUGUUGUGACACCACCUGCUGCGACGAAUAUUCCAGAAAUUGUCGAUUCCGAAUCGCUAAUGGUUCAACCAGUUGAAGAACCCGUAAGUCACAGUUCGGAUUCUACUGACGCAGUAACGCAAAUCGAAAACUAUUCAGGCGUUGAACCGGAAUCUUCUAAAUUGGCGGUUCAAGUGUCGUCGCUAAAAGAUUCUCAAGAAGUUUUGAAAGUAACGAUGAAUUUUGAUGUUGCUGAUACCAAAAAAAUAAACGUUAGUCUAGUCGAAUUGACGCCAUCGUCUACAUUACCGGAGCCAGAUAUUGAUUAUGAGAACGCAAUCAUGAGUCCCGAGCAAGGAUAUGAAGCUGACAAAGCAACGACCGUAGAAAGUGGAUCAGGCGAGGACGGCAUGCUGCCGAGGAAGAAGAAGCACCGGAAGAGGAAGCCUAAACACGCCACAGAGAAGGGAGUCAACACGGAAAAACCGGUUGAGGUUGGUUUAGAAGUCCAGCAGAGUUUUGAAGAGCGUGAUCCUACUUGGGAUGUAGUGGAAACAAUUGUUGAAAGUGUUCAGGAAAAACUUGUGAUACCAACACAGGUGAUUGAAAGCAUUGAUGUAGAAGAUGUUCAACAACAGACAAGUCCUGUGCCGGUGAAAGAAACCGAUCUUGAUCGGGAAAUUUCCGCUGUUGAUAUAGAACAAAAGUCGAUACAAACGUCCCCUGCGCAUGAAGUUACUAAAACUUCUCAUCAAACAUCGCCUAUCAGACGCACUCCAGAGUACGAUGUUAAAGAAAUCCAAACUUCCACAGACGUAACGGCGAUGGAAACGCAAACCCUUGAACCAGAAUCACAAAUAGUUAAUCAAGAACAAGAAAUUCAAACCGAAGACCUUGAAGAACCUCAUGUGGCUUCAAGUACUCAGACUGUUGCUGUACCGACAGCCGAUUCCGAACUUCAAACUGCAAUUGAUAAUGUGGAAGAUAUUGUAAACCCUAUUGUUACGAAUUUAGUACAGGAGAUUAUUGUUCAAGAAAUGGUAAACCAAGAACAGUUUGUUCAAACAAGUCCAACGCAUUCGGGAAGAUCAAGUGUGGUAGAAGAUCAACAGCACGAGGGGAUUCAAACUGUGCAACCGGAAGUACUGGAUGCGUAUGUUAACACCGAUAGUGAGUUAAAGGAUCGAGCGAGUUCACCUAUCGUGGAUCACGCUGCAACCGAAGUUGAAACGCAAACAGUUCCAGCGGAUGAUGAAAGUGAUAAACCAACUUCCGAGGUUUUGAAAUUGGAUGUUACCGAGGCUGAAACCAGUGAAAAUCAAUCACAGACUUCACCGGUGGUUAUCACUAAUAUAGGUGAUACUUUAGCAGCUUGUACUCAAACGGUUACUAUGGAAAUUGAGGUGGAAAAAAGAAGCGAAUCCACAGAAAAGGAAGAAUCUGUUGAAAUUGAAAUUUGUACAAUUAGAACCAGUGAAAAUCAAUCACAAACUUCGCCGGUGGUUGUCACUAAUUUAGGCGAUACUUUAACAGCUGAAACUCAAACUGUUGCUAUGGAAACUGAAGCAGCUGGCAGGGUUGGACCUACUGAAAAGACAGAGUGUGUUGAAAUUGAAAUAUGUACUGAAGUAAAUAUACCGAGCAUGUCACGGCCGUCCGCCAGCCCAGAAACAGUGAUAAAAACUGCGAUCGCGGAUGAGGGCGCAUCAAUAGACAAACCAGCAUCCGAAGUUUCGGAUGCAGAAAGUAUUGUAAUCAAAACUAGUGAAAAUCAAUCACAAACUUCCCCGGUGGCUAUCACUAACCUGAACGAAACUACAACCGUUUGUACUCAAACAGCUACUCCACAAUUCGAACCAGAUGAAAGUAUCAAAUCUACUGAAAAGAAUGAGUCUGUGCCUGUUGAAAUUGAAAUAAGUGCCGAAAUUACCAUUCCGAGCAUAUCACGCCCAGAAGCUAUGGCGACGAUUGCGGAUUCACCCAAAGAAAUAGAAAUUGAUGUCACCAAAACCAGUGAAAAACUGUUACAAAAAUCACCAGUGGCUUCGACUGCUUACAGUCAAACCGUUAGCAUGGAAAUUGGACCAAAUGAAAGGACCGAAUCAAAUGAAAAAGAAGAGUCUGUGCCAGUUGAAAUUGAAGUAUGUACCGAAGUAACUAUCCCGGGACUAGCAACGGUGCCAAGAUCUGCGCAGUUUGUAGAAAAUAAACCUCAGUUCACUAGCGAGUAUGAUUUUCAUAUUCGGAUGAACAUUGAUCAACAACAACAGAACCAACCUUCCAGUACUUUAAGUGACAUUCUAUCGGAUGAAAGAGUCUGGACUUUAAGUGUAGAGGAUUUGUUUUCCAUAAUAAAAUCACAAACUAGUGGUUCAGUUCCGUGGAGUGAAAUUUCAAAAGUCCUUAUCAAAGUACAUAACACCGAAGGUGACAAAGUGCAAAGUCCUAUCAUGAUCAAUGUACCGAAAAUAGAAGAAGUUACAAAUGACACCCUGCAACUGGAUGAUGUUAUACACCAUUUGCAAUUGAAUUCCCACAACAUUCGAGUACAACACCAAAUUUUAUUCGAAGUCCUAGAACAGAUAAAUCGACAGAUUGCCGACGCAAAUUGUUUAUUGCGCUCGGAUUUGAGUGAUGAAGAUCUUAUAAAACUUUACCGGUUUAUCAAUUUAAAACUAAUUCACAUAACAAGAAUCAAACAAUUCGUCAUAACCAAUAAGAUCAGCUCAUGCGAAGACAUAUUAGCCUCCUUUGAAAGCACCGAGAAAUCAUUCAGCUCAACGCAAAGCGCUUUGAAUAGAAUGGAACAAUUACAGUUAGAGACCGUUCAACAAAACGAGAUACUUUUAGCAACUCUACAAGGAUUCAAGCAAGACCUCCGUCUAUUAGAGGACCAACUAAGCGCUGUGUGUGCGAGUGAAACCCUUUCAAUAGUCGAAAAACUAAACGACACCGAGGAAAUCGACACUCAACAUAAAGACUGUCAAUUUAAAUUACGUCUAUUCGACGACAAACUCCACGAAAGCAGCUCAGAUUCAAUCGAUAAAAGCAUUAGUACAGAGUUGGAAAAUGUGAAGAAAAUGUCCCACAAACUGGAGAGCCGCACCAUUUUGGAGCGUAACAAGCUACAUCAACUCGAUAGUUUAGCCCAAGAGUAUGAACAAACGCUGUUAGAUUUCAACGAAAUAUCAACAGCGGCGGAGCAUUUUAUCGAUAACGAAAUCGUAAGCGCUAGUUUACCAGAGCUUCAAGAGGAAAUGCAGCGCUACAGGAAGUUCUUUGUCAAUCUAAACCACUGCAAAAUGAUCCUGGAAUCGCUGGAGUCAAACUUGGACCCGAUAACGCGCCGGAAGCAUGCCCAGUUGCAUUCUAAGCUGUACCGUAAAACAGCGGAUAUUUUGGAGCGUGCCGUGGAUCGAGCGGCAAAAUUAGCUCAAGCGGCAUCCAAGUGGACAAUCGUUGAGAAAGACAUGCGGGAGGAAAUCCAAUGGUUACAAGUCGCCCAACAACGGAUUCCGGAUGUCAAAAACGUCUCGUCGGAGGAUUACGAGCAGUACAUUACUUUGUACGAAUCGAUAAAUCAAGAUAUCCUUAAUCACAAAGUAAAACUGACACAGUACGGUGAGAUAGCCAGAAAAAUACAGGAAAUAAUAACGGCACCAACGCUGGAGAAAGACAACAACGAAGCUCUUGCUAUAACCAUACACCUGAGAGAAGAAGUGUCAUUAUAUCUGAACAUGCUAACAAAAUAUAAAAACUAUUGGAACCAAUACAACACGAGCGCAGACAAACUUCGAAGUUGGAUUUCUUCCAGUGAAAAAAUAAUAAGCGAAAUAGUAAUACCGCCAAAUCUGGCGGAUACAUCAGUGGAAGAAAUGCGCAAAUUCUGGGAGUUAAAAGCUCAAUACGAAGUGCUGAACAAUCAAACGUUCGUCAGUGCGUGUGAUACAUUUGAUUCCGCCCUUUCGACACUCGAUUUAAGUGAUGAGAAAAUUCAGCGCCAAAAGCACGAACAAUUACUGGAAAGUUGGUUCAACAUUUCCACCAGUAUAUCAACCCUACAAAAACAAAUAUUUGACUCAAUAGAAACCGAUUCCACCUCACCCGGCGAUAAAAUCGCUUUCAUCGAACAAGAACUGCGAGAUAUUUCCAGCAUAUUUAACAACAGCAAAGGAGUGCUAAAGAGCCGUGACGAUCUCUAUCUGUACAUCGAAAAAAUGCAAAUGCUCCAAACCCGGAUUAAUUUGAUAGAAACGGAGCUGGGGCAGUGCGCGCUGGUACUGGAGUGCAGCGUGGAAACCGUUGGCGAACUGUUCGAAACCUCCCGGCAUCUGUCGCUGCAAGUCAACGAAGAACGUGAAGUUGCCGGAAUGUUCAGCAAAAGACUUCAGGAAAUAGAGGCUGGAAUCAGUGAGCAAGAGAAGCAAUUUAUUGUGAUAUCUGACUUGCUGGAUGCUAGUUCCGAUAAUGUCAGUGGACAACGUUCCGAUGUGGAGAAAUCACUUGAGACCUGUAAGCUGUGUCUGUCAGAUUUGGAAAACUCGUGGAAUGAAUUAAUGAAACUAAGGCAGCUGUUGCAUACGUUACCGAUGAAUUUGAGAGUUUCGGUUUCGCCUGUGCAAACGGAGCGAGAUCUGUCCGUACUGCAGAACAUUCAUAGUGAUUUGGAACAGAAGUGCAAAACUAAUAUCACUUCAUUACGGAAUAAACUAGCCUUGUGGAACAAGUUCUACCAUCAGUUGGAAAUUAUACAGGAACACGUACAGGAAACCGAGUUCAUGAUGGAGAUCCUUCAGGUGCAGGAAAGUGCCGAUUACAAUCGUUUGCUGAAGGCCACCGAGCGGUUAGAUACCCUUUUACAAGAAAUCGAAACGGAAAAGGCUUCGAUCGACGAUUUGAACUCUAUCGCCCAGCCUCUAAUAGAAACAUGUGACACGCAGGUGUCCAAAGAAAUCCAAGAAACUGUCCAAAAAAUUACCGUCGUGUGGGAAAACACCCGCGAAGGCUUGAGAGACCUAUGUCAGCGCUACGAAAAAGCCGUUAAAUUGUGGCGCCACUAUCACGACGUUACGGAAGCUGUAAAAAGUUGGAUCAACGUGGAGUUUACCGAUUUUGAUGCGUUUGCUAGCAUCGAAGAUGUGCCCCAGCUGGAAUUUUACCAGACCUCAAUAGUGGAUAGGAAAAAUGACCUGAAGAAGCUAAAGCAUUUGAUUAACGAUAUCAAUGCGCAAGUCGGGUUCAACAUCGCAGGUUCCUUGCUGUCGGAAGUUGAGGAGUUCAGCCAAAAGCUAGAAGGUAUUGAGGAGAACCUAGCCACGCAAAUGCAUGUGAUAGAUGAGUGCAAUACUCAGCUGGAGGAAGAUAAGCAUACGUUGUAUAAUACUGAUAAACUUAUCGAACAGUUCCAACAGAAUAAGGAUCUACCGAAGGUAGACACCAAUUUGAGCGAUCAAAUCCACCAUCUCAGAGCGUAUAUGAUAAAUUUGUGCUGCACAGAAUCUCGGUUGAAAAAUAUUGCCGAUAAGAACGCAGCGAAAGGACAGGAAGACAAGUUCAAAAGCUUACUUGCCCUGUCGCAAUCACUUCUGCAAGACACAUUCCAGCAAUAUCAGAACUUACUGGUGCAGUUUGUGCAGCAAAACGAUUGCGAUAGUUUAGUGCGGUUCUGGCAAGAAUAUUUAAGCUAUGGUAAAACAUUCCUAGAGCAAAGCAUUCCAAGUCAUGCUGCAGAGCUGCAGCAACUGCGUGAUCAGUGUAUUCUGGUUGAGUUUCUACUCAGGGAUUUGACAACGAUUCUGAUGAGAAGAUCGCUAACGGAUGACAAAUUUGCUGGCGUCUUUGAUUCGAUUAGCCAACAACAUAAUUACUACAUCGAUGAGUUGAAUGAGAGGAUAGGUGAAAUCGAUUAUCGAUUGUUGCAUUGGCAGAAUUACAAAUUGUUGAGGACUACUUUACACCAAUCAAUUAACGAUAUUGAGAGGGAAAAGUUUACUCUGCAGCUGGAAUACAUUAAUUUAAAAGAACUGUCACAAUUGAUUAGCAAGGUGAUGAAACUUAAACAUCGCUUCGGACAGUUGGAUGCUGAUUUUGACAAUCUGCACCAAGAAACGACCGAAUUGAUUUCAUUCACAAGAGAUGAGCAUGUAAUUAAUCAUUUGGAAACUGAACGCACCAGAAGCUUCAACCAAAUAGCAAAAUUGAAAGAGAAUGUUGAAAUGUGGAAUAAAUUCUUGGUUGGAAUAGUCGAGCUCUAUGAUUCCUUCAACCUGCAAUGUACCAAGGUUCAAAACAGUUUAGUCGAGCUUAACGAAUGUCUGGAUACGUUUGCAAAUAAUCGUCUUGAGACUUCACAGCAUCAUUUGAAUAUGUUGAAAAACGAACAGUUACGGCUCGAAACGAUUCGGAACGAUCUUAUCAACAUUGACAUUGCGAAGGACGAAUUGAAACCUUGUAUCAGCAUUUUCGAUGCCAAACUUAUUCAUAAACGCACCUGGGAACUGUGGCAAUUGUUUGAAAAUACCGAGCAUACAUUAGCGGUCGCUCAAAAACAGAUGCAAAAAAGAUUGGAAAAUCAAAAAAGUUUCACUACUCAAUAUGCUCAACUCUCGACAUGGAUGUCGGAGUUCGAACAUCGCGUUCGCGAUAGCUAUAAGUAUAAGAACUGUGAAGAUGAUGUUGCUUUCAUAAAAUCGGUUGAAGAUAUGCUACAGAAAGAACUGUCGCUGAAGGAGUAUGAAGUAGAUUGGCUUAAUACGAUCGGAAAGGAUCUGACCAAUAACCUACCGGAAGGCGAAGAACGGGCGGAAAUAUUUUUGAAACUCAACCAUUUGAAUACCAGGUGGAAUACUUUGGUAGGGCUGUGCCGGGAUCGGUCGCAAAAAAUCAAAGAAGUUCAAAGCACGAGUUUAACUUUACAGCAAAGAAUUGCAGCGAUCAGAGAAUGGAUGACCAACAUCGAGCAGGAGUUGAGAAAACCAAUACGAUUCGAAAACACCGAGAAGGAUCAACUGGAUCUGCUUCUGGAUGAUUACGAGCUGUUGCAACGUUCUAUAGCGCAGAACAGUGGUAAUGUAGGCGAUGUUCUUAAUCUUUGCGAGAUGCUUUUCACGGAUGUUGAAUCGUGGAAUGUUCACAUUGACCGGAGACAAAUUCAUCAAGACGUUAACGAUUUGGAGCUGCGGUGGAAAAAUAUUUGCCUAGAAUCCAGCAGACGGAAGCAAGACAUGCUGUCGAUUUGGAAUAUGUUGAUUGAAAUUCAAAAAAUUACCGAAUCUCAUCAUGUUUGGAUAGAAAAAACUAGCAAUUAUUUAAUCGAAAAAGAUGAAAAACUGAGCCAAAUCGAUGUGAAUGAUUUAUAUGAAACAGUCGAAGAGUUUGAAAUAAAACACUCCGAUAUCAUGGCACAAGAAUCGAUGCUACAAAUCCUGAAAAGAUUAUUUAUAUCAGUCCAUAAGCAUGGCAGUAUCGAUGGAGAAAGUUUGAGAAGCAUCACUCACGAAACUAAAAGAAUGCUUUCAACGUGGAAUACUCUUGCGUCUAGAUCAAGACAAUUAAGAGUUCAGCUGGAUGAGUUGAAAAACAAGUACACAAGCUUCACCACCGAAUACGAGAACAUUGUUAUGACCUUAACAGAAAUCGAUGUACAAGUGACCAAUAUUGUCCAUUUAGCAUCCGAUAAAGACACUCCUGAGAUCAAAUUGAAAAAGUUGCGCAAUUUACACAAUGAAUUGCGGGUCGUGGUUAACCUUUUCGAUUCUCAAGAUAAACUGGGAACUGAUUUAUUGGCCCAACUCGAUCCCGACAGCACGAUGGCAACUGAAAUACAGCAGAAAAUGCAAGAGUAUCAUCAGUUAGCCAACCAAAUCAAACAAAGUCUGGACUCUACACUGGCCACUACUAUCGAGGAAUCAGAAAAGCAUAAAACUCGACAAACUCGAGGCACACUAACGGAAAUAGCGGAAAAAGACAGCGCAGUACAGGUUAACACACUUCCUGCUUCGAUACUAACGCGUAACACCAUCACCGCAAAGGAUGCUUACCGCUAUCAACUGGAGACGGCCCUCAACGAAGCACGCGGCUUCCUAGACAACUUGAGCAAAUCUGUGUCCGAGGUUAAUGUUAGCAAUUUCUUGACAGCUAGUCCGAAUGUUACCAAAGCACUGUCCGCCUGUGAAUCAUCAAUCGAACUCGUGAAACAUCUGCACGCAGUACUAUUGGCAGAAGAGAGAAGCAACGAAACCAGUGAUUUGGGCAACCUCGUGCAAAUCGAAUGUGAUAGAUUCGCACAGUAUCUUCUGGAGUGGCGAGAAAAACAACAGAAAAUAGACGAAUUAAGCAACGAUGACUACCUAACCUGUCCCCUUUGUACCAACCGCAACUGGCAGCAGAUCGACAAUGAUUUAUGGCGUUUAGAACAAUGGCUAAUAAUGGCCGAAGCGGCCCAGAAAGCUCAACCUGCAAAUCCACCAACGGAUAUCGAUACCCUGGAGGACACAAUUCAAGACCAUCGUGAAUUUCUGCUAGAUUUGGACAGCCACAAGGGCAUCAUAAAGUCGUUGAAUAUCGUUGGAGAACAUUUGGCCACCCACACGCUCGAUACUGAGAAAGCUCUCCAGUUGAAGCAACGAUUGAACACCAAUAACCAACGAUGGGAAAAAGUAUGCACUCAUGCGUCCCAUUGGCAGUCGCAGCUGCACCGGGCACUAAUGGAAAACCGCGAAUUCCAUCGGACAAUAACCGAACUUUGCAUUUGGUUGGAACAAACCGAAAAUAAGAUCAAAAAAUCAGAACCCAUUGACUUGACAUCGGAUAAAAAACAAAUAGAGAGAAAAUAUAAAAUAUUUAGAGAACUGAAAAGUGAUCUGUUGCGAUGUGAACCUCGAAUUGUGAGCUUGCAGGAAACCACAUCCCAAUUGACAAAAUACUUAGAAUCGGACAAAUCGCAAAACUUCGACGAAAUUUAUGCAAAACUAACGGAUUUACGGCUACGGUUUCAUUCAAUUCGGCGAUUAGUGGAAAUGUAUACAACGAAAAUAGGAGAUGCUCUUGGGUAUGAUUUAGUUAAGAAUGUGAGCAUCACGACCGCAUCAAAUCUACACAGGCACGAGAUUGAAGGCCAUAGCGGAUUGUCCGUAGACUUAGCAGCACAAGACUCCGAUGCAAAUGUCCCCGAAGAACCGGAAGAACAAAUCAAUACUACCGUUCUGACGAGAAGCUACCAGUUUUUGGGACGUGUUGUACGUGCAUCAUUGCCCAUUCAGGCCAUGCUGUUGCUCGUACUGGGUGUUGUCGUACUGAUCCCCCAUGGUGAUGAUUCGUGCUCCCUCACGAACAAUUUCGCCCGAAGCCUGGAACCGAUGCUGCGGUAUCCUAAUGGACCACCACCCAUUUGAGCGUCGUCGUUAAACAUACCUUUUCAUUUUGUGUGAUAAAAUCAGUGCAGACAAGUUUUGCUAUUUUCCAAUCCUUCCGUACUAAUAGAUGUGAGAAUUUUAGUUCGUGAUAUUGUUGAGUUUAUGUUACAUUGCAUUUUUAUUAAUUUGUUCUCGAUAGUUACCAGCAAUUUCGGACAUAAUUAUACUUAAUUUUAUUGUGCAAUAUAUCUACGUGGUCAACUGUAGAUAUUAAUAUUACCAUUAAGAAGUAACAUAACCAAAAAAGUAUAUUAUCAUAUUAAUCCUAUUAACAGAAAUAAUAAUGCAUAACAAAUGAAA